AUGUCUGGAAGUGAGUCUAGCCCCUGUAUAUGUCUUCGAGCCACUGGAACAACUGCCACCACCUCUAGUAGAGCAUAUGAACACCUUUAGACCUACAUGGCCUGGGUAAAACAACUCUUCCAACAUGGCUGGAUUCUUCCCACUGCCAUACACUUGUGCAGGUGCUGUACUUUUUUACUGGUCUGGCUUAUCUCCGUUUUUUCUCUACCACACCAACGCUCUCUCUUCCUCUUUCUCUCCAUGUUUGUCUCCUCUCUCCCUCUUUCUCUCUCUCCUUGCACAUCUUCCUCACUGGGCUGUUGAAAAUGGGGCGAUGCAACACUAGUCUGUCUGUGUCUCGGAGGAGCAUGUCUGUUAGCCCAGAGGAAGUGUGUGUGUGUGUGUGUGUGUGUGUGUGUGUGUGAUCCUCUGAGUUUUAAACCUUUUUUUAUUGACUAGCGCGGCUAGCUAACUGUGGCUAAUGUAAUCAGACGGUCACGCAAGAGGAUGAUUAUGGAAAAUUCCCUUCGCCACAGCAAAGAUUAAAAGAUAAUCAACAUUCAGAAAACAAAUGUAGUCGAGACAGAAUCCAGCAGGCCCACUCAUAAGCCCACUUAAAUUCAGUAAGACAAUAUAAUUGAAUCCCUAAUAAUGAUAGCGUUACUCGUACUAUCGAAUGACUCAGGCAUUCUAUUCUUUCUGACAUUGCCGAAGAAUGAUCAGAAAUGACCUCAAUAAUGAUCGACAAAGACAAUUCACAUCACCCAGCUCCUCUGCUGUCUCAUCACCGGGUCACCCUCUGCAUACAGACACCUUCUUACUGGCCUGCUAUGCUAGACGAAUCACUUUUGCAGACUGAGAUGCUCUUAUUCAUUUAAAUGAAAUCGGGGUGGAAGCAUGCCGGCUCCACUAUUUUCAAGAUUUUGCCGCACAGCCCCCGCUGGACAGCAAUAGGGUGACUCUGCUCAAGCCGGCAAAAAGUUACGCAUCCAAUGUAGCAGGUAAAAAACCGACUGUUUUCCCGACGCCCCAUAUGUAGCUCCUAUGUUAGCCGUGUCCUUGUGCAUACAGGACACCAUAUGCAGAUGUCGUGCCGUGACUUACUUUAAUGUAUGACUGUUAUUUAUCGUAUCAACUAACUAUGCUUAAUUGUCACUCGAUUAAAUUAAUCAUGUAACAAUUAACUCAUUAGGAAUUUGUGACACCACGGAAGAAGUUGUUUAACGAGUUACCAUCUCCCGAAUUAAACUCUUAGCCAUAUAUAAAUAAUGUUCAAUAUUGAUAACAGUCACUUAUUAAAUAAUUACCUCUUAUCAGUCUCAUUCUGAACGUCGCAUAAUCCUUGAACCUGCAAGAACCCUAACCUUAUUGAUGAAUCAGCAAUACACAAAUUGGCUUAAUUAUUUAUUUACUAACUAAAUAAUAACACAAUACAAACACACACACACACACAUGCACACAUAGGUUAUUGAUUACUACAUAAUACAAUGAAAACAGGUCCCUAUUGGACUAGAUUAACAAUAGCAUGAAUGCUUGUAAGGGAGAGACAGAGAUUCAAACUAUUGUUGAUACUUUGGAAACUACGUUCACGGAAAUACAAAUGUUUAGCACCCGCUCAUUCGGAUUAGAAAUUUACAUUUACAUUUACGUCAUUUAGCAGACGCUCUUAUCCAGACAAAUUGGUGCAUUCACCUUAUGAUAGCCAGUGGGACAACCACUUUACAAUUAUUUUUUAUUAAUUUUUUUCUAAUUUGUAUAUUUUUUGAGUAUUUUUAAUUUUCAUUUGUUUUAUAUAUAUAUAUAUAUAUUUAUAUUUUUUGUUUAUUUAUUUAAUUAAACAUGUAUUUUAUUUUUAUUUUGUGGGGGUGGGGUAGGGGGUUGGGGGGGUAGAAGGAUUACUUUUAUACUAUCCCAGGUAUUCCUUAAAGAGGUAGGGUUUCAAGUAUCUCCGGAAGGUGGUCAGUGACUCCGCUGUCCUGGCGUUGUGAGGGAGCUUGUUCCACCAUUGGGGUGCCAGAGCAGCGAACAGUUUUGACUGGGCUGAGCGGGAACUGUGCUUCCGCAGAGGUAGGGGGUCCAGCAGCCCAGAGGUGGAAGAACGCAUUGCCCUCGUUUGGGUGUAGGGACUGAUCAGAGCCUGAAGGUAAGGAGGUGCUGUUCCCCUCACAGCUCCGUAGGCAAGCACCAUGGUCUUGUAGCAGAUGCAAGCUUCAACUGGAAGCCAGUGGAGUGUGCGGAGGAGCGGGGUGACGUGAGAGGACUUUGGAAGGUUGAACACCAGACAGGCUGCAGCGUUCUGGAUGAGUUGUAGGGGUUUAAUGGCACAGGCAGGGAGCCCAGCCAACAGCGAGUUGCAGUAAUCCAGACGGGAGAUGACAAGUGCCUGGAUUAGGACCUGUGCCGCUAUGCAACAUGUAUGUAUGUAUGUAUGUUAUGUAUGCAACAUAACAUGUAUUUACGUAUAGCUGUCCUCGAUAGUUGAGUUGAUGAUGUAGGACUCUGUUUUGCCCACCAGAGAUCCCAGUGUCCUUGGUAGAGUUUCUGGUCGUAGUGGUGGUUAGAAUGGAUACUUCAGCGUACCCAGUAGUUUGUAGAGUUUAUCUGUUAGAUAGAUACUUCAGAUGUACCAAGGGUUGUCUGAGAGGGAUUGUCCUUCCCAACUCGUGUCUUUAGUGAACGUUUUCUAGAUGACUAUACAUGCCAGCUGCAGACUUGUAAUGUUAAGGUCUAGUGCGUUGUCGUCUUCUUCAUGUAGAGGUUGAGAGUUUCAGAGUUUCACCAUUUUGCCAUAUUCAGCUCGCGCCGCAUGUCGGCUGGUCUGUAGAGUUUAACCAUUUUGUAACGUUUAGCUCACGCUGCACGUCUGCUGGUCUUGUAGAAAUUCAACCAUUUGCAACAUCCGGCUUAUACCGUAGUAUACUUGGUCUGAGGUGAAUUUCGUCACGAGGGGUUUUAUACUUGAGUAGAAAAGGGGGCGUUUCAUCAUGUUUGUGCUCAUCUGGGCAUGGCCACUGACUGAGAACAAAUCAAUAUGGAAAACAAUCAUCUCAUCUAGAAUGCUAAAAUCACAUUGUUAUCUUCACAAAAGUAUUAUUAUACUUAAUCAUUCAUUUGACAAAACAAUUAGACGUAAACCUCAUAACUGGGAAGUGUACACCCCCAGAGAUACAGUUAUGUUGUUGCACUGUCUUUAAUGACAUCACAACAUAGUAACGAAGUCCCCACCGACCAUUUCCCACAUUCUUUGAAGUAGGAAUAUUGUUUCAUUAUCCACUUUUGGAUGUUGGAGUCUUGGCGGGAAGACUUCCUUUGUUCCACAGGGAAAUUCCCUCUCCCAAUACUGCAUGGCACGGAAAAUAACGUUUCUGUAAGGAAUUUAUGACUGGUCAUAAAACUGGCCCCCAGGAAAGGGGUGUUCAAACCUUUGCCUAGCCGGCAUCUUUGAUCCUCAACCCAUGAGGGCAAGUCAUGACACGGAAUAUGCAGUAGUGAACCUUUCUGACAGCCAUAACAAACUCAUGAACUUCCUAGUUUACCUGCUUAAUGCUAUAGGCGCGGAGUAAUGUCAGCCGGCACCAACGACACUCUCCGUGACUCGAGUCUUGUUUGUUGUGUUCACACCGUCCACCCUCAUCCUUUUAGACAAGUGUUACUGUUGAUACAGGCCCCUAAGGCUGCGCGAGGUCACAAGUACUGUCACUCCAGCAGGCUGGUUGUAAGGUUGAAAUUAAUGAAAUGAUUGUCAAAAUGCACCUAUGAUCAACAACCAAUUUGACAGAGCUUGAAUAAUUUUUUCAAGAAUAAUGGGCAAAUGUUGCACAAUCCAGGUGUGGAAAGCUCUUCGAUACUUAUCCAGAAAGACUCAGAGCUCUAAUCGUUGCCAAAGGUGAUUCUAACAUGUAAUGUCUCAGGGGGUUGAAUAUUUACUAUAAGUAAAUCAGAUAUUUCUGUAUUUCUUUUUCAAUACAUUUACAAAAAUGUCUUUAAAACGUGUUUUCACUUUGUCAUUAUGGGGUAUUGUGUGUAGAUGGGUGAGAUUGUAUUUAUUUUUUAAUCCAUUUUAAAUUCAAGCUGUAACACAAGAAAAUGUAGAAUAAGACAAAGGGUAAGAAUACUUUCUGAAGGUACUUUACAUACUAGUCACUGCUCCCAAUUGUGCAGUGUCAUGGCUUCUGGUUUUGCUGAUGUGGGAAAAACCUUCUCGCUUGAAGGGUCCGAAAUUAUUGACACCCGUCGGGGUGGCAGGUAGCUUAGUGGUUAAGAGCGUUGUGCCAGUAACCGAAAGGUCACUGGUUCUAAUCCCCGAGCCGACUAGGUGAAAAUCUGUCGAUGUGCCCUUGAGUGAGGCACUUAACCCUAAUUGCUCCUGUAAGUCGCUCUGGAUAAGAGCGUCUGCUAAAUGACUAAAAUGUAAUAAAGAUUAGCAAUAAUGACUGUGUAAAAUAAAUAAUUCAAAUACUAAGCUAUAUUGUAUGCUCAAAACAAAAGGGAAAUUAUAUAUUUUUAUACUAAUACAAUUACUUUUUUUUCUCAAAAUGCUAGCGGUCAAAAUUAUUGACACUCCUAAAGAUUCUUAUGAAUAAAGUAGUCAAAAGUUUAGUAUUUGGUCCCAUAUCCCUAGCACGCAAUGAUUACAUCAAGCUUGUGACUCUACAAACUUGUUGGAUGCAAAAAAAAAAGUCUACACAUUUUCCCAUGAGGCUGAGAGAAAAUGUUAUAAUUUCCUGUCAUAAAAAAAAGAGAAAAUGACUUAUGACGUGCUAUUUGGGGGGUCUGAUCACUGGGGCGACCACCGCCCCCCAAAGCUUGCGGGGGGUGUGGGGGGUGCUAAGCCAGUGAAAAUGACACAAUACAUUAUUUACCAUUAAUUUCAAUUGGGCACAAAAUAAUCAGAAAUACAACUAAAAAUAACUGCAAAUGCAUCCAACAAGUUUGUAGAGUCACAAGCUUAAUGUAGUCAUUGCGUGCUAGGAAUGUGACCAAAUACUAAACUUAUUUAUAAGAAUCUUUUUGUCAAUAAUUUUGACCCUUACCUUUUUUGAUACUUUUUUUAAUUACUUGUUAUACAAAAUAUCUUUCUCUGAGCAAUUGUAUUAUAUAAAAUAUAAAAUAAAAAUUAGCACACAAUACAGCUCAGUAUUUGAAUUAUUUAUUUUAUACAGUUAUUUUUGAUCAUCUUUAUCAAGAGUGUCAAUAAUUUCAGACCCCACUGUACAUGUAGCCAGUUGAGCCAGACAAGCCCCAUAUUCCUUUACCACCUGCAUCCCUCAACAACUCUUCAACAGAUUGUAACAUUUUAUGGCAUUGCAUCAUGAGACUCACAUAGAGUCAAGUAGGCCUACUGCAGUUUACCAGAGAGAGAGAGGGAGGUAAUGUUACAUUUUUUAUUGUUUAUUUCACUUUUGUUUAUUAUCUAUUUCACUUGCUUUGGCAAUGUAAACAUAUGUUUCCCAUGCCAAUAAAGCUCCUUAAAUUGAAUUGAAAUUGAAAUUGAAUUGAGAGAGAGUGUCAGAAAAAGAGAGGGGGUUAAAGAGAGACAGAGAGAGAGACAGAGAGAGAGAGAUUAGAGGGGGAUCCUAUGCCCAUAUCAAGCUGAGUCAGAGGACCUGAGUCAGCCAAACUACUGGUGUCAGACAUGUGACCGCCGCCCAACUGUAAUGUGACAGAUAGUUCACUCGCCGACGCCUACACGCACCCUCGAAUAGAGGGAAGAUGAUAGGCUAAUGUUUGCUUCUCCACAGUGGCAUGUUGUCUCGUCGACCCCCCCCCCCCCCCCGGAGUUAUAACAGGAUUGGAGAGAGAAUCUGAGGAGUGGCGCUAAAAAGAGGGAUCUAUCGCUCUGUCUGGCCUGGUCUGUCUGCAUAGCCUUUAUACACACAGGACAGAUGUUGAGAAAAUAGCUAUUGUUAGCAGUGUGUGCCUCUACAUUAUUGCACCGAGAUAAUCAGAGACAUUCAUUAAACUGACAAGGUCUGGUUGGCUGACUACAACUGUUCACAACAGACACCAUCCAAACAGUACAUCUGGAAGAAAGGCCCUGGUUGUGUCCUUCUCCUGAGUGGCGCAGUGGUCUAAGGCACUGCAUCGCAGUGCUAACUGUGCCACUAGAGAUCCUGGUUCGAAUCCAGGCUCUGUCGCAGCCGGCCGCGACCGGGAGACUCAUGGGCGGCGCACAAUUGGCCCAGCGUCGUCCAGGGUAGGGGAGGGAAUGGCCGGCAGGGAUGUAGCUCAGUUGAUAGAGCAUGGCGUUUGUAACGCCAGGGUUGUGGGUUCGAUUCCCACGGGGGGCCAGUAUAAAAAAAAAAAAUAUGUAUUCACUAACUGUAAGUCGCUCUGGAUAAGAGCGUCUGCUAAAUGACUAAAAUGUAAAUGUAAAUGUAUGUGUCCAAAAUUGUGCGCUAUUCCUUUUUAUGGGCCCUGGUCAAAAGUAGUGCACUAUAUACAGUGCCUUCAGAAAGUAUUCACCCCUUGACUUAUUCUACAUUUUGUGUCACUGGCCCACACACUACACGCUACACACUGGCCCCAUAAUGUCAAAGUGGAAUUAUGUUUUUUGAAAAUUUUACAAAUUAAUUAACAAUUAAAAACUGAAAUGUCUUGAGUGAAUAAGUAUUCAACCCCUUUGUUAUGGAAAGCCAAAAUAAGUUCAGGAGUAAAGAUUUGCUUAACAAAUCUCACAAUAAGUUGCAUGGACUGCCUUUGUAUGCAAUAAUAGUGUUUAACAUCAUUUUUGAAAGACUACCUAAUUUCUGUACCACACACAUACAAUUAUCUGUAAGGUCCCUCAGUUGAGCAGUGAAUUUCAAACACAGAUUCAAUCACAAAGACCAGGGAGGUUUUCCAAUGCAUCGCAAAGAAGGGUACUUAUUGGUAAAAAACAGACGUUGAAUGUCCCUUUGAGCAUGGUGAAGUUAUUAAUUACACUUCAGAUGGUGUAUCAAUACACCCAGUCACUACAAAGAUACAGGCGUCCUUCCUAACUCAGUUGCCGGAGAGGAAGGAAACCGCUCAGGGAUUUCACCAUGAGGCCAAUGGUGACUUUAAAACAGUUAGAGUUUAAUGGCUGUGAUAGGAGAAAACUGGGGAUGGAUCAACAACAUUGUAGUUACUCCACAAUACUAACCUAAAUGACAGCGUGAAAAGAAGGAAGCCUGUACAGAAUACCACAUUUUCCAAAACAUGCAUCCUGUUUGCCAUAAGGCACGAAAGUAAAACUGUAAAAAAUGUGGCAAAGAAAUUAACUUUACGUCCUGAAUACAAAGCAUUAUGUUUGGGGAAAAUCCAACACAACACAUUACUGACUACCACUCUUCAUAUUUUCAAGCAUGGUGGUGGCUGCAUCAUGUUAUGGGUAUGCUUGUCAUCAGCAAGGACUAUGGAAUUUUUUAGGAUGAAAAUAAAUUGAAUGGUGCUAAGCAUCCUAGAGGAAAACCUGGUUCAGUCUGCUUUCCAACAGACACCUGGAGACAAAUUCACCUUUCAGCAGGACAAUUACCUAAACGAGGCCAAAUAUAAACUGGAGUUGCUUACCAAGAUGACAUUGAAUGUUCCUGAGUGACCUAAAUCGGCUUGAAAAUAUAUGGCUGUCUAGCGAUGGUCAACAAUCAACGUGACAGCUUGAAGAAUUUUAAAGAGCAAUGGGAAAAUAUUGUACAAUCCAGGUGUGCAAGACUUACCCAGAAAUACUCACAUCUGUAAUCACUGCCAAAGGUGAUUCUAACAUGUAAAAUUUCAAAAAACGUGGGCUCUGAUCAAAAGUAGUGAACUAUAUAGGGAAUAGGAUGCCAUUUCGGACGUAGGCCCUGGAUAAAGUAGUGCAUUAUAUAGGGAAUAGGGUGCCAUUUCGGAUGCAGCCCCCUCCACAGUACAUUGAACCUCUGCGACAGGGAUAUGUAGCUAUUCCAGGUCUUUUUUGUUGUUUUCUCUCUUUCAUUAUGUCAUUUGUUCCUCUCCUUAAUCCUCAUCCAGUUGUUCAAAUGCCCUUAAGUGUCUCGUCUCGUGCUUUAAUCCCCUUCGCUAUGCAUGCGUGGCUGUAGCUAGCUGCUCAGAGAGACAGAGCGAGACAAAGCUGAGAGAGUGUAGUUAGGGGGCACCGAAGGAAUACAGAGUUGCUGUACAGAAACUUCAGUGAUUCACUAUACCUGCAUGAAAUGGAGCAGUGGGUGACUGUGAAGGCUAAAGUCGACUGUCAAUAGUGAGAUAGACAAUAAUAAACAUAUGGGGAGAGAGACACUCAUUUCCACACACACAAAGAGAGAUACAUAAACAGAAAUGUAGGCUUAAAUGGUGUCGGUUUCCCAUUAAUGAUACCAAGGGAAGGCAAAGUACAUAAUAAUAAUAAUAAUAAUAAUAAUAAUAAUAAUAAUACAUGACACUUCAAACAGCCACUGACUGGCUUGCUGACUGACUGAAUGACCAACUGGUUGCACUGACUAACUGACUGGUUGACUGAAUGGUUGCAUCCAACUGGAGAUAAACCAGAUACAGUGGGGGAAAAAAGUAUUUAGUCAGCCACCAAUUGUGCAAGUUCUCCCACUUAAAAAGAUGAGAGAGGCCUGUAAUUUUCAUCAUAGGUACACGUCAACUAUGACAGACAAAAUGAGAAAAUACAUUUAAAAAAAUGAUUUUUUAUGAAUUUAUUUGCAAAUUAUGGUGGAAAAUAAGUAUUUGGUCAAUAACAAAAAAGUUUCUCAAUACUUUGUUAUAUACCCUUUGUUGGCAAUGACACAGGUCAAACGUUUUCUGUAAGUCUUCACAAGGUUUUCACACACUGUUGCUGGUAUUUUGGUCCAUUCCUCCAUGCAGAUCUCCUCUAGAGUAGUGAUGUUUUGGGGCUGUCGCUGGGCAACACAGACUUUCAACUCCCUCCAAAGAUUUUCUAUGGGGUUGAGAUCUAGAGACUGGCUAGGCCACUCCAGGACCUUGAAAUGCUUCUUACGAAGCCACUCCUUCGUUGCCCGGGCGGUGUGUUUGGGAUCAUUGUCAUGCUGAAAGACCCAGCCACGUUUCAUCUUCAAUGCCCUUGCUGAUGGAAGGAGGUUUUCACUCAAAAUCUCACGAUACAUGGCCCCAUUCAUUCUUUCCUUUACACGGAUCAGUCGUCCUGGUCCCUUUGCAGAAAAACAGCCCCAAAGCAUGAUGUUUCCACCCCCAUGCUUCACAGUAGGUAUGGUGUUCUUUGGAUGCAACUCGGCAUUCUUUGUCCUACAAACACGACGAGUUGAGUUUUUACCAAAAAGUUAUAUUUGGGUUUCAUCUGACCAUAUGACAUUCUCCCAAUCCUCUUCUGGAUCAUCCAAAUGCACUCUAGCAAACUUCAGACGGGCCUGGACAUGUACUGGCUUAAGCAGGGGGACACGUCUGGCACUGCAGGAUUUGAGUCCCUGGCGGCGUAGUGUGUUACUGAUGGUAGGCUUUGUUACUUUGGUCCCAGCUCUCUGCAGGUCAUUCACUAGGUCCCCCCGUGUGGUUCUGGGAUUUUUGCUCACCGUUCUUGUGAUCAUUUUGACCCCACGGGGUGAGAUCUUGCGUGGAGCCCCAGAUCGAGGGAGAUUAUCAGUGGUCUUGUAUGUUUUCCAUUUCCUAAUAAUUGCUCCCACAGUUGAUUUCUUCAAACCAAGCUGCUUACCUAUUGCAGAUUCAGUCUUCCCAGCCUGGUGCAGGUCUACAAUUUUGUUUCUGGUGUCCUUUGGCAGCUCUUUGGUCUUGGCCAUAGUGGAGUUUGGAGUGUGACUGUUGUCAUAGUGGAGUUUGGAGUGUGGUUGUGGACAGGUGUCUUUUAUACUGAUAACAAGUUCAAACAGGUGCCAUUAAUAUAGGUAACGAGUGGAGGACAGAGGAGCCUCUUAAAGAAGAAGUUACAGGUCUGUGAGAGCCAGAAAUCUUGCUUGUUUGUAGGUGACCAAAUACUUAUUUUCCACCAUAAUUUGCAAAUAAAUUCAUAAAAAAUCCUACAAUGUGAUUUUCUGGAUUUUCUUUUCUCAAUUUGUCUGUCAUAGUUGACGUGUACCUAUGAUGAAAAUUACAGGCCUCUCUCAUCUUUUUAAGUGGGAGAACUUGCACAAUUGGUGGCUGACUAAAUACUUUUUUUCCCCACUGUAUAAGGCAUCCAAAUCUCACAGUUUGGGCAACCACAGCUCAUGAUGUCAUUUAAAAAAAAAAAAUAUUUCACCUUUAUUUAACCAGGUAAGCCAGUUGAGAACAAGUUCUCAUUUACAACUGCGACCUGGCCAAGAUAAAGCAAAGCAGUGCAAUAAAAACAACAACACAGAGUUACGUAUGGGAUAAACAAAAAAAAUGUAGUCAAAAACACAAUAGAAAAUCUAUAUACAGUGUGUGCAAAUGUAGUAAGUUAUGGAGGUAAGGCGAUAAAUAGGCCAUAGUGCAAAAAUAAUUACAAUUUAGUAUUAUGUAGGCAUAUGAGUUGUUUUAGGGGCGAUUUGCUCUCAGAUUGACUUUUUAUUCGUAGACAUGGUACGCUAACCACAGCUGGCAUCUGGCGAGGUUGGGGUUGCCAUGGCAACAGAGGCAAAGGGAGCGGAGGAUGCUUUCUGCCGCACCCAUCCACCAGACCAGUGAACCAGUAAGGAUGCAUGGUGAGACUAGACGAGUAGAGAGAGGGAGGGAGAGAGGGAGAAAGUGUGCUUUUUUUGUGUGUGUGUGUGUGUGGGAGGGAGGGAGGGAGGGAGGGAGGGAGGGAGGGAGAAAGCGUGUUGUGUGUGUGAGAGAGAGAGAGAGAGAGAGAGAGAGAGCUUGUUCGUGUGUGAGUGAGAGGGAGGAGAGAGCCCAGAGGAAGUGUGUGAGAGGAAGAGAAAGAAAGAGUGUGCUUGUUCAACACCCGUAUUAGUAUGAUUCCCCCAAACAGAUUAGUAUACCCAAUUCAACUCAUGCUGGGAUAUGACUUCAGGGAAACUGUCAACACAUGCAAACUGUCAAUUUCAUGUAACAACAUCCUGUUGCUGGAAAUGAGUGUCACAGUGAAUCAUAUUUGACAUCAUCAUUACGUCUGACAUCAUUAUCAUCAUAAUUUAUAGCUGAAUUAGCUAUUCUCCUCAGCUCGGCAGUUUAGUGAACUGUUGUUGAGUUGUACCGACAGUACAGAACAUUGCAUUUCAUAAAAUAUUUGAUCAUAUCUAUUUAUAUGCGUUUUAAUCAUCUUAUCAUCUCAUGGUUGUCAAUGAGCAAAAAUAUUUGCAUUUGAUAUUGACAUUUUAAGAUGUAUCAUAUUUCUGUGAAGCAUAUUAUUUCAUUAAUUUGCCUGAUAUUUGUUUAAGGAGAUUGAAGAAGGGAGCAUGAUUCACUCUAUCUAUGAAUUUCCUUUUUAGUACAAUACUUGGAUCUAUUAAUAAUAUUAUGCGGAACAAAUACCACUUAGUCUUAUAUUAUGUUUUGUAUAUAUAUCACUGAUAAUAAUCUGGCAGGUGUAUUUCGUUUUGGAAAUAAAAAUAGUUCACCUAUCAUUAGGAUCCUUGAUAAAACACAUUGGGUCCAUAUUCACAAAGCAUGUCAGAGUAGAAGUGCUGGUCAGGUCCCCUUUGUCCGUCUAAUCUCAUUCAUUAUGAUCUAAACAUCUAAACUGAUCAUAGAUCAGCACUCCUACUCUGAGACGUUUGCUACAUAGUGCUAAAUCCUUGUGCUAAGUCUGUUGAUACAGUGUUGUUUAUUAUGCAGUAUUAUACAGUGUAUUAAUAGACAGCUCAGAAGGUAUAAAUAGCAGCCUGCACCUUUACAUUCCCAUCAGGAUUCAAGACAUUACUGAGAAAUUAAUAAGACCAGGACCUCAAGGGAGAGAGGAGGGACAGAAUGAAAUGGAGGUACAGAGGGACGAAGGAGAGAGAGGGAGGAAGGAAGGGAGGGAGGGAGGAAGGAGGGAGGGAGGGAGGGAGGAGGAGGGAGGGAGUUCUUUCUUCUUUCUGUUCUUCUUUCUUUCGUCCCUUCCUUCCGUACUUCCUUUUUCCAAGGAAAGUGAGAGGUUCAACCGAGGACGGCGGGGGGAGAGAUUGUGUGGGAGAGAGGGAAGGUAGGAUGGAGAGAAAGGGAGGGAGGGAGGGAAGCACUGAGAGAAUGUGUGUGAGCAUGCGUGUCUCUCUUUGUAUGACUACUCACUCGCCCCUGUGUGAUUUUGGAGGACUUUGCACUGCUCCAUCCACCUCUACCUUCUCCAUCCCUCUCUCCACCUCUCCAUCCCUCUCUCGCUCCCUGCCAUGCAGCUACUGUACAACCGUUUCCUCUCUCUCCUAGAAUCGAUCUACCGCCGCGGGGCCAGAAGAUGGAGGAAGCUCUACCGAGUCAACGGACACCUCUUCCAGGCCAAGCGCUUUAACAGGGUGAGUAGUAGUGUCACAUUCUGCCUCCCCGACACAUGCAGUUCCCCCUCUAGCACUUCACUUCCAGUUUAGAGAUAAUUUGCACAGCCAUUGGUAGGUUUGUUAAUAGUGUAAUGAUUCUCAACCUGUUUAACGCUACCAUUGAAGAUGAUUAAAAAUAUAUAUAUAUUGGUGAUAUUGACUUGGUUUUUGGACAAAUAUGCUAAAGUUAGCAUUUGGUGACAGCAGCCAGGUAAACAAAACCAAAGCAUGGAUUGCUGUUCUCCUUGACCAAAACCUGCUUUCAGGGCAAGGAAACUAAAAUGUGAUUUAGUAAUUUGGGUGAACUAUCCAUUUAAUAAAACAGUCACUUAAGAAUUUGAUGAGAACAGACCUUGUUGGUAUUUUUGAAAGAAGGCGUGAAAGUGUUAACAAUCCUCUACUACUACUACUACUGUACAGAGUAGUACAGCUAGUACAGUUCAUUCAUUCACAAACAUGUAGUGGUUCAAUAAUACAUGACUGAUAAUCAAGUCACUGCCACAGCUGCAGCUGUCUGGAUAUGCAUUAUUCAAGAUGGCUGCUGAUGGUGGCCUAUUUAACGGGUUGCCUUGGUUUUGGCCCACAUUUCCCCCCAACUACCCCUCCAGUCAAUCCCCCCACUUGCUUAAAGUAACUGUCCAGUGUUUCCAGAUUUCUAUGAAAUAUGACCAAUAAAUAAUUAUAAUAUGAGUCAAAUAGUUUUCCUUCCAGAAAAUGGUAAUUAAGUAUGUUAAAAAGCAGCUUUUCUGUGUUGGAAUAGUGUGGGCGUACCCCAACAACAGAAUGGUGUGGGUGUAUACCGGUCAUAAAAAAUAUUCAUGCGAGUAGACCGCUGAUUGGCCAUCAUCCUCUAUGAGGAAAUAGCAAGUAUUUCUGAAGCUGUCUGCUUGAGAUACAAGUUUGAGGUGGGUUUUCUCUGUGUUUUUUCUCCAAUUUAUGCUUUGGCCACAAAUAUGAGUAUAAGAUGAGUCAACAACAUUAUUUUGGUAUGAGUUAACCGAAUAUUAACUUUUAAAAGAGAGAUUUUCACUGGACAGUUAGUUUAAGGUUAGAGACAGAAAGUGUAUCUGUCUGCAUGUUGUGGCAAUCUAGCUGUAAUGCUUUAAUUCACUGCCAGUGUUAGUGUCCAAUCUGGCUUGAAGACGACCCUAGGAGGGUAAUGUUGUUACAGGCAGGCCCUUAAGUGCCUAUUGCAUCUAAAAGGAAACGGGAGUCAGGGGCAGGGCUGGUGUGCUUGAAGAUAUUACCAAAAUACAGGAUAGACGGGGGUUAAUAACAGUGCUAAGGGGGUAAUAACGUCUCCCUUGGGUGCUGUUGUCUACUGGUGGACGUCUAGACCAGACUGAGAGCUCUGAUCUGCCAACUCAGCACUGUACUGUAGGCUCCUCAUUCCAAUAGACCUCCAUUAGGCAGCCCAUCUCCCUCGCUGAUGCACUGGAAGAGACUGAAUGUUAUGUUGGAGCCAUGGUUAUUUGCUUAGACAUUAGACUGGUGUAGUUUUGGAAGACGUUCUAUUUUUAUAAACUUCUAUAAUCUGUCCUGUAUUUCCUCUAUGUACAAUAAUUUGUCAGCCAUGUUAUUGUGGCUACAUCAAAUGUUGGCUACCCAAAUUGCUUGUCUAAGGUUGAUAGCUGUGCCACUAUGUGCACGAUCGUCGCCACGGCACAUGGUUUUACAGUAAGUCUUGGUUGGUGCAGUCUUUCUCCAACGUCUCUCCUCUACAUGCCUCUCACCAUCCCUCCACUCUAUCAUCCCUCUAUCAUCCCUCCUUCACUCUAUCAUCCCUCUAUCAUCCCUCCUUCACUCUAUCAUCCCUCUAUCAUCCCUCCUUCACUCUAUCAUCCCUCUAUCAUCCCGCUCCUAUAUACAGUAUAAACAAGUCAUCUAGCAGAAGUAGGUCAGGUUUCUCCUCUCCACCCUAUUCUUUUCCCAUCUCUCUUCAUCCCUCCCUCUCUCAACUGCUCUCUCUCCCUCCCUCUCUCAAUCCCUCACACCACCCAUCCCUCUCUUUAUCCCUCUCCCUUGCUGUCCCUCUCUUCUCUCUCUCUCUCCAUUUCCAUCUUACCCCCCCCCCCCCCCCCCCCUCCUCCCCCAUCUCCAUCUCUUCCCUCUGUGUACAGGAGAAAUAUGCUUUGUGAAUGCCUAAUGGGGUGCCUUUAGUAGCUGUGGUGCAGGUAAUGUAUCAGAAUGUUGUAUUCCUGCCAUUAGAGUUCUCAGCUAUGAGCUAGCGCUCCAUUAGGGAGAUGACUGACUGGAGCUACUGUCUAGUUUGUAGCUUCUUUAGCACGCUGCGGAUAUAGAACGCAGCUGACUUACAGAAGGGGUGUCCACUUGUUGCGGUCAAUAGCACAAAGUAGAUUUUUGUUUCAUUGUUAGCAACCUUUUAUGUGUGAACAUGAGCAAAACACAACUGAAUAUCCCAUGUAAAUAUCCCAGACUGGGAUGGCUAUAUAAUGUCUGUUAUCUAACAGAGCAGUGGGGAAUUUGUCUCUGUGAGGUUGAUUUCACCACUAUGACUCAGGGCCAACCGCAUGCCGAGCUAAUGCACUUUAAAUAGGGCUCGUUCCACAUUGCUUCCCUAGUGCUCUCCUAGCGCUUAGCAGCAUUAUGGCCCAGCAAAGGCCAGCCAGUGGGAAGAAAGGUAUUAACCAUUUUGGAGCUGACAGUGAGCUGGCUCAUACAGGAGGUGCAUCCCAAAUGGCACCCUAUCCACCCCCCCCCCUAGAUACUUGCUGGGAUAAUUUACUGUCCCAUCAGGGAAGAACAGACGAGAGUAGUAGUAGUAGUGACCACUUGGGGUAUAUGUUUCAGCAUGCUGGCUGAGAGAAGGCCAAGUCCUGAACUGUGUGGAGAGGAUGAUUUAAACUCCAGGCUUUUAGGAACUGAUUCACUCACUGAUUCCCUCCUUACCUAACAGUAAGUGCUUUAAAGUCCCAGUGCAGUUCAAAAUGUGUAUUUGCACACUUUGAGGUCGAAAUAACACUCUAAAAUGGUGAAAAUGAUGAUAAUGCCUGUUUUGUGUAAGAGCUGUUUGAAAAAUAAAUCCUGGAAUUUCAGUCUGUUCAGGUGGGUUGGUGUUUUUUGGCCUGCCGCAUUACGACACCCGGCGGCCUGCAUAUCUCCUCCUACUGCUGCUGGUCCCGCCCGGUCAAAUUGGUACUCCUCAUGUUGACAUAAACAGGAUAGGUAUGUAGGUAGUUAUGCACGGCCAAAAACAAGAGAUUGAGCAGUAGAUCGCUGCAAAGCAGUAAUUGAGUUGAAUGCACCAAUUUGUAAGUCGCUCUGGAUAAGAGCGUCUGCUAAAUGAUGUAAAUAUAAAUGUAAUUGUUUAUUUGCACUGUCUUCCAUCAGAACAAUCACUUCGUCUGAUUUGGCAUAUGCACUGCACACUUCCACAAGGUAGCUAGCUACAAUUACACUAGCCAGUGGAUUUGCAGCUUUCAAUCUUGUUAAGUUGCGUCAAUUCAAAUCUGGUAUUAGGAACAAAAGAGGUCAAUACACGUCUUCUAAAAUAGACUAGUAUUUUAAUUAAUGUAAAACACUUCAAUGGUAAAUAUGAUGUUCGUAUAUACGGGUCCACUGGAAUACCACGCAGGGCACUCAGAGAACUGAUCCAUUGUUCUGAGUUCUUCUUCAAAUACUCUGACAGAGAUAGUUCCCGCUCCCUGCUGGCCAAUCAGAGUAGAGACUGAGCGUGGUUUAGACUUACUCAGCCAAUCGUUGGCGAACAGGCUGGUCCCAGCUCCUUGGCGCUUUACCGUUGCACACUGUUGCCAGGCAUAAGUUGUUAUCAUCACACCCUGUAGAGUCAGCACCUUUUUGCAGUACACAUGUCCUUGAGUAUGAUGGUUUAACAAAGAGGCAGUGUGUAUGUGUCUGUGAGAAAUACAAGUCUGUCUCACCCUACUCCCUAACAUUCCUCACAUGAAUCACAGCUUGUUAUGUGAAACAAUUUAUAUCAGUACAGUACAAACCUUUUAUGUUUAAUCAUUAAUGCAUUCUUUCUAAGCUAGUCAUCACAUCUAGAUCCCCACAAUCUCCAUGAAGGUUCUGUCCCAUACAUCUUGCAUCCGGCCGUGGCAGGCGGCAACCAGCAGUAACCUUUCAAGAAGUAAGUCUCUAGUUAUUAUUCUAGCUAACUAUUAUUAUUAAAAGUAAAGGACAUAAUAUUGUGGCGCUGCUGCUAGUUACUGACCUGACAUUUAUAUUUACAUAUGUACCUGUAGCUAGCUACAUAAAACGUAAUGUCAGAAUUGUAAAGGGGAAACGCUGCCCUAGGGCCUAGUAGGCAGACAUUGCCUCCCACAAUGUAAACAACGUUCUCGCAUAGCCAGCUACACUUUUCUCCUAUGUCUGUGAUUCAGCUAGCUAAAGUUAGCUUGUAGGUAGCUAGUUAUCUAACUUUGAUGGCAAUUAGCUAGGAUUCUGACGUGACAUUGAGCUUUCUGCAAUUCUGACAUUGCUUUAUUAUGUAUAGGUACCUAAGUAAAUGUAUGUCACAUCAAUAUAUUGGGGUCGAAGCUACCUAGCUACUUUGCUAACUGGAUCCCCACGGAAAGUGUAGGCUGGACGUUUUACAGUUUACAUUGAGUGAGGCAACCUGACUUCCCCGCUACGUUCCCCAAAGGGUUCGCCUGAUUUGAAAAUGGGUUCACGAGACAAGCUCUGAAUAAAAUAAAAAUGUGCCUCUAAGUUCAUAGAACAGUUCAUAGAAUGCGGUUGUGAUAAACAGAGUGCUUUCUGUUUUUCUCCUGUAAAUGUGGCUCUAACUUUUGAACGGUUGGAGCUACUGUAUUAUGACCCCAUUCCUGAAAGCUAAGAUUCUCAGGAACACGAGCUGCUCACAAGCUGUUCAGGGCUCAUUAGAGCAGACAGGACCAGGCAUAAUCAGACUGGGGGGAAAAGCACCACUACACUUUGUGGUCCUCUGUAGCUCAGCUGGUAGAGCACGGCGCUUGUAACGCCAAGGUAGUGGGUUCGAUCCCCGGGACCACCCAAAUGUAUGCACGCAUGACUGUAAGUCGCUUUGGAUAAAAGCGUCUGCUAAAUGGCAUAUUAUUAUUAUCGAAAGCAAUUGUUAUUUUCUACACAGAAGAUCAUACACAAUUAUUGCCUGGUGAUCUUCUUAUCACUUCCCAAUACCUUUCUGAAUCAUUUCAGUCACUUCAAACCAUACUUCCUUCAGAAUGAAAUACUGUCAAAGUACUGUCAGACUGAUUUUUAUAACAGACUGUCAUAGCCCCAAAUAAAAAAGUUAAUGUUGGCUGCUGAUUGGGUUACCACUUACCAAUAACUAUUUUUAUGUCACCACAUUCUAUUAUCAUAGGGUAAAGUGUAAGAGGGCAGUGAAUAUUCCGUUUUAAUCUAGCAAAUUAUGGUAUGGAUAUGAAAGUAGUUCAGAUGUAUUGCAGCUCAUAUUUUGUUUGUCUGUUCAUUUCUUUCUGCAGACAAGCUCCCAAACCCAUCCAGGAUGUGUUCCCUUGGCAUCUUGGAACUCCUGGUGGAUGCAAAGGACUACGCAGGCUGUAGCACCACUCUGUUCCUAUGGCCCAGAUAGUCCCAGCCCCAACUGACAAAGCUCUUAUAGGCCAGAUACCUGUAAUGAAUACCAAUUUCUUCUAUUGGUAAUACAGCCAAUCACAGAUAGACGAGUAGCCCCUGUCCAUUGACAAAUUCUACAAAGUCUGUCAAAGGGCAUGGUUUAGCCACUACAUAAUAAUAAUAAAUAAUAAUAUGCCAUUUAGCAGACGCUUUUAUCCAAAGCGACUUACAGUCAUGCGUGCAUACAUUUUUGUGUAGGGGUGGUCCCGGGGAUCGAACCCACUACCUUGGCGUUACAAGCGCCGUGCUCUACCAGCUGAGCUACAGAGGACCACAUGUACUGAGCAUUAGUAAAAUAUAGACCCAAGAUUGUUCUGCUAUGGGCACAAAAGUUAUAUAUAUUAGUUAUUUUAGACCUUAUAACCGAAUUGUCAAUGGGUAGGGGCUAUGAUUCUAUCUGUGAUUGACGGUAUGACUAUUUGAAGACACAUUUGUAGUGUGUGUAGGGGCAGUGGUCACUAACCAUUCUCCUGGAGAUCUAUUCCCCAGUAGAUUUUCACCCCAACCAUCACAUAUCACAACAGAUUCCGCCAAACAAGUUAUUGUUGGGAAGCUAAGUGUAAUUGGGUGUGUGCAAUACUGUCUUCCACCUUUCCUGUCACGGAUGAGAUUAUAGUUGUGUAUAGUAAUGUCAGUGUUCGAGAAAGCUGGUGAUGACAAUGUCAAUAAAACCACUCCUUUUUUGUAAUUCAUACCAUCAAUGACUACUUUGUUGCUGCUCUAUACCUGCUAUCUGAUUAUGUUUAGUAAACACCCUCUUACUUUCACCAUGAUCUGUUUUCCUCUCACAGGAACACCUUCCAGAGCUUGAGCACAUGCAAAACAAUAACUUGAAAAGACACUUACAUGCCGUGAUUUAGACUUUCAUCAGAACCUUGUUUACGAUCUGUUUAUUAUGUUAUGUAAUAACUGACAAAAUAAUUUAUGAAGAAAGACAACCUUUCAUUGCAGUCUGGUUUCUUUAUUCACUUUCAACAGCAGAAAACAUUCAAAAUGUGUCAUUCAAGAGUGUCUUCUCAUUAGACAUUUUUAAAUAAGUUAUAAUAUCCAGUAUCAUCAAAGUCUAUUUUGUAAAAUGAUGAAAUAAACUUUGAGAUGAUCCUAAAGAUUAUACCAUAUAGUCUGCCCUGUAGAUAAUCAUGGCAUUCUGCAAUGAAUAGACGGCAGACAGGGUAUAGGCCAGGAUGGUCCACCAUGCAAACAGGCUGUUCUGGUCCUGCAUCUUCUGUUGACCUAUUGAAAACAUAAUAACAAUGAUAUAGAAAAUUAAGCAUGCAUUAUGCAUGCCUUUUGUUUUGAUGACAAAAUAAAGUAGCCUACUCACUUGUGGAAGUUCGUAGCUUUCAGGGUCCAGCUCCAGCUGACAGGUUGAAUACCAUGUGCCUUUGUUGUUGUUGAAGUGGUAAGGGGGUGGGCUCUAGAUUAUUAUUAUCAGCCAAUCAGGGCUAUAUGUAAAUGUUUGAAAUUUGUAUCCCCACACCAGUACAGUCUGACUGAGCAUUUCAGUGACCCAAGGAGGCUCAGGGAAAUAAUUUAUAAAAAAUAAACACACAGUGAUUUAUUAGACAUAAAGAGAUGAUUUAAAAUUGUAAAUUAAAAAGACUGCAUUAAGUGACUCCUAAAUUGUGGUAAAUCACAACUGUCCAAAUUAAGCACGUUUCUAGUCAAGAAGACCAAAUAUGUUUGUUUUGUAGGCCUAACAUCUUACGUUUUUAGUCCCUCAGUAUUUCCUCCUUCCUAAUCUACCUUUUGUUAGUGUCUUUGGAACAUCGAACACAGCUAGUGAGUAAAAGAAGACUCUGAACAUCUUGUGGCUCUUUUAAAGGACAAAGGGAAUAUGUUAUGGCCCCACGUGUAUCCUCUGCUAUUGAAAUGCGCUCCCCAAAGUCUUGACGGGGAGCGUGGAAAAUCUGUUUUCAAAGUUUCUCACCUCACAACAAGCGCCUUAAUUACUCCCUUGUCUGCGCUGAGCGGAGAGGGAAAACUGAUUUUGUCUUGAUUUAUUUAUGAUUCGCCCAAACCUCUGCCACUCUCUUUCUCCCGCUCAAACGCUGUCUCUGCCUCAAUCUCUCUCUCUCUCUCUUUCUGUCUCUCUAUUGAGUCAGUUUGGGCUGGGGAGUGGUGGGGUACGGGUAGCUAAGCUUUGAAGUUCCUCUGCAUUGCGUUUCCAUGGCAACGACGCUUUUAACUUCAGAACUCAUUGCACUGUGGUGCCGCUCUUCUCAGACUGUUAGUAAACAACUGGCUCCCAAUGUGUUUGUCAAUAUGCCUGUGGUAGACAUAACGUCUACCACAGGCAAGUGUCCAGGUUCUGAUGUGAACUGGAUGACAGAUGUUAUAAGCUUAAUAGCCUCUGGGCCAGACAAAACAGUGUGGGUUCGAUUCCCACUGGGGCACCCAUAAGAAAAUGUAUGCACACACUAAGUCGCUUUGGAUAAAAUUGGGAGACAGGGAUUGUUACACUAACUAUCAGUCUGAGUUACACUAACUAAAAGCGGCUGUUAAAUGGCAUAUACAGUGGGGAAAAAAAGUAUUUAGUCAGCCACCAAUUGUGCAAGUUCUCCCACUUAAAAAGAUGAGAGAGGCCUGUAAUUUUCAUCAUAGGUACACGUCAACUAUGACAGACAAAUUGAGAUUUUUUUUCUCCAGAAAAUCACAUUGUAGGAUUUUUUAUGAAUUUAUUUGCAAAUUAUGGUGGAAAAUAAGUAUUUGGUCACCUACAAACAAGCAAGAUUUCUGGCUCUCACAGACCUGUAACUUCUUCUUUAAGAGGCUCCUCUGUCCUCCACUCGUUACCUGUAUUAAUGGCACCUGUUUGAACUUGUUAUCAGUAUAAAAGACACCUGUCCACAACCUCAAACAGUCACACUCCAAACUCCACUGUGGCCAAGACCAAAGAGCUGUCAAAGGACACCAGAAACAAAAUUGUAGACCUGCACCAGGCUGGGAAGACUGAAUCUGCAAUAGGUAAGCAGCUUGGUUUGAAGAAAUCAACUGUGGGAGCAAUUAUUAGGAAAUGGAAGACAUACAAGACCACUGAUAAUCUCCCUCGAUCUGGGGCUCCACGCAAGAUCUCACCCCGUGGGGUCAAAAUGAUCACAAGAACGGUGAGCAAAAAUCCCAGAACCACACGGGGGGACCUAGUGAAUGACCUGCAGAGAGCUGGGACCAAAGUAACAAAGCCUACCAUCAGUAACACACUACGCCGCCAGGGACUCAAAUCCUGCAGUGCCAGACGUGUUCCCCUGCUUAAGCCAGUACAUGUCCAGGCCCGUCUGAAGUUUGCUAGAGUGCAUUUGGAUGAUCCAGAAGAGGAUUGGGAGAAUGUCAUAUGGUCAGAUGAAACCAAAAUAGAACUUUUUGGUAAAAACUCAACUCGUCGUGUUUGGAGGACAAAGAAUGCUGAGUUGCAUCCAAAGAACACCAUACCUACUGUGAAGCAUGGGGGUGGAAACAUCAUUCUUUGGGGCUGUUUUUCUGCAAAGGGACCAGGAUGACUGAUCCGUGUAAAGGAAAGAAUGAAUGGGGCCAUGUAUUGUGAGAUUUUGAGUGAAAACCUCCUUCCAUCAGCAAGGGCAUUGAAGAUGAAACGUGGCUGGGUCUUUCAGCAUGACAAUGAUCCCAAACACACCGCCCGGGCAACGAAAGAGUGGCUUCGUAAGAAGCAUUUCAAGGUCCUGGAGUGGCCUAGCCAGUCUCCAGAUCUCAACCCUCAACCCAAAAUCUUUGGAGGGAGUUGAAAGUCUGUGUUGCCCAGCGACAGCCCCAAAACAUCACUGCUCUAGAGGAGAUCUGCAUGGAGGAAUGGGCCAAAAUACCAGCAACAGUGUGUGAAAACCUUGUGAAGACUUACAGAAAACGUUUGACCUGUGUCAUUGCCAACAAAGGGUAUAUAACAAAGUAUUGAGAAACUUUUGUUAUUGACCAAAUACUUAUUUUCCACCAUAAUUUGCAAAUAAAUUCAUAAAAAAUCCUACAAUGUGAUUUCUGGAGAAAAAAAAUCUCAGUUUGUCUGUCAUAGUUGACGUGUACCUAUGAUGAAAAUUACAGGCCUCUCUCAUCUUUUUAAGUGGGAGAACUUGCACAAUUGGUGGCUGACUAAAUACUUUUUUUCCCCCACUGUAUACCUGUGAAAUGUAAAGCCAAUGGUAACAAAAUGUGUUAAUGUAUUAGAUUGCUUUGUCGGUUAGUUAAAGGGAAGACAAACAUGCUCCCAGUUGAUGUAAGAUGCCGUAUAGGCCUAACUCCACCACCCUGCAUCUAUCAUUAUCUCCUUCACGUGUCUGCCUUGCCUGUUGUCCAUUGAUUCUUGAUCAAUGACUGCGAUAGUGUCAACCCAUUGUCAUGACCUCAGACUGAUAGUUAGUGUAACAAUCCCUGUCUCCCAAUUGUCUCUGUCUGUCCCCAACAGAAAGCGUACUGUGGCCACUGCAGUGAAAGGAUAUGGGGGCUGGGGAGGCAGGGAUACAAGUGUAUCAACUGCAAACUACUGGUCCAUAAGCGCUGUCACACACUUGUCCCUCUGACCUGCCAAAGGCAUAUGGUGAGUACCAUAGAUAUAGAAUCUCAUGACGGAUUGAUCAGUACUCUGCCCAAUCCGUCAUGUUAAAGCAUGGAAUUACAUAUUAUUCAUGAAGCCUUCAUAAGCACUACAUAGACACUUUACAAACGGCAGUGCAAACGGCAUAAUGGUGUGCUUAUAAGGGAUUUAUAGAGCAUUCACAGUCUUCAUAAGCACUACAUAGACACUUCACAAACUUCAGUGAAUGUCUGAAUGAAUGGGGUGAACUGCUUUAGGGUGAAACUAAGUUUUGCAUUUGAAUUAUUCAACUUUCUAGUAAAAUAACAAGAUAGAUAGUCAAUACAUUCAAUAAUAAAAUGGGGAAUUAUGCACAAAUCUAAAUUAAACAUUACUAUUUGAAGUACUGGUGUAUAUUUGUAACAGAGUGAAUUCUGUUCUGCCCGAGCGUGAAUCAAACUAGCAAUUAACCCUUUUGCACGACACAUAUAUAACUCAAAGCCAACCACCUUUGUCAACAGAGCAAGACUGGUCUGUCCUUUCAUGAGAAACAGUUUGCUUAAGUUCUCAAUAUACUCCAGCUAACAUGCUACGGGCGAGUUUCACAUCCACUAUCUUUAGAUAUAGGCUGCAUCUAAAAUGGCACCCUAUUCCCUAUGUAAUGCACUACUUUUGACCCGAGCUGGGCCCUGUUCAAAAGAAGUGCACUAUAUAGGGAAUAGGGUGCCAUUUGGGAUGCACCCAUACUGUAGUGUACAGUAUACUGAGACAUCAUGAGAUUGAUCUCUAGUGACAGACGGCUAACAUACAGAAUCAAAGGGGUCCUUGCUAUCAGCCCAUUUGGCAUUUAGACUAAAGCAAACCCGGUGCUGAAAACCCAGGGCAAUAGUCAACCAAUGUCCAGUCUAGUAGAUCUCUAUGCUGCUGUUUCCUUUCAUUUAAUCUGACGAUGCUCUAUCCACAAACAUUUUGAUCCUAUUUGAAAUGGCACCUGGGAUUUCCCUGUUGAUUAGAUAGCGAGGUGAUCUUCAUGGUUAGAACCACAUAAAAUUAGUUAUAAGUGCUUUGUUUGCGAGACAUAUCCAGACUUCUCAACUUCUGUGGUCUUUUGUUGAAAAGAUACAUCUAUGUGCCUAAGAUGUUUAUCAACGUGGUACACCUCUUAAAAUAAAUACCCUUCUUCCCAGUGUUUCCAAGGAUCUAGUCAUGAUUUGUUUGAUACUCUUUGGCAGCCUCAAAACCAUGUGUGGCUUCUCUUGGCAGGAUCCAGUCAUGCCAUCACAGGAGCCCCCUUUAGAUGAGAAGAGUGAAGAGGUGGACCUCCUCCCUGAAGACACAGAGGAUACAGAUGGAAGUAAGUUCCUAUAAAACAAAUUAUAUAUAUUUUUUCAAUAUAGACUUAAAGAUGCAGUACGUCAUGUCAGAAGCUAGCAGAUUCAUUUCUUACCAACAACCGCUGCAAAUUCCAAUAAAACUACAUCACGUUUUAAAGUUCACUUUCCUUGCUUACAGUUUUGUGGGUCAGAGUGCAGUAUUUAUUUAGUUUCAUAGCACAAACGUUUGUUAGCAUGUUUCUCACACUGGCUUUAGCCAUGGAGGGAGCAGGCCUACGCCAGCAAGUGCAGGGGGGUUGCCUAGCAACACAUGCCUCGGAGGGAGUCAACGUCUGGAUUACGCAACAAAUUCCCAUGAUUUGUGAAUCGGUUCAGACAGAACAGCUAGCGCGACAGCUAAAAUGGCUUUGAAAACAUAAGAUUUCAGCUAAUAGGGAGAAGUAUCUAACCAAAUAACUACAUUAUGGCAUUCACUAAUCAUAAACUAUUUACAUAUAAUACACAUUUUGGUACAUUUGUGAACAAAAUUCUUACUUACUAAACCUUUAAAAUGUGAAGUAGACAAGUAAGAUAUCUUGUGGUCUUAGUCUUGAGACAACUCAAGACCACAUAAAUGCAGCCUUGGUCUCAUGGUCUUGAUGCAUUGGGUCUAGGUCUGGGCCUGUAUGCCAAAAAGCUUCUCAGAGUAGGAGUGCUGAUCUUUCUUAUUCAUUAUGAAAGGGCAAAACUGAACCUAGAUCAGCACUCCUACCAUGAGACACUGAAUACUUCAAAUGCUUUAAAGGCACUAUUCAAUGAAAACCAAUAACCAGAUUGGAACUUUCUCCCACACAGCGAGAGAGCAUGUUUGAAUCAGUAUGCCAUUGUUGUUUAUAGACUGGACAGAAAGUUCUGUUUGUAUGUGCUAUUCUGCACAGCGCAAUUUUUAAAGUGUGCGAUUUUUACACCCAGUUGUUUCUGCCAGAAGCAGCACCUUGAACAAGAUGCACUGCUGUGCACAGGGCCUUCACUUGUUUGUGUGCAGUGGUUCUCUAUGAGGGUUAGUGUGAAAGUUGAACACCCAGUAGGUGUUCACUCAUAAUAAUAAUCCCUCUCAUCCAGCAGCAGACUAGACAGUAGGUUGUAAAGUACAAUAUAGUCCAGUACAGUAUAGUACAACACAGUGGCGGUCAGUGCCAUUUAAGCACAUAUUCGUUUUUUCAUGAGCAGGCCUUAAUUCUAUUACAGCAUAUUGGAUGACUGUCAUUCAUAUUCCAUUCACCCAGUUCAAUGUAACAGCGAUAGGUUUAGGCUACUACAUGAUGCUCAAAUGUUCCCUAUACCCAUCAUGAGGUUGCUACGACCUAGCCUAUGAAUGAAAGUUUACAAUGUAGGUGCACACAGGUAGAGAGAACAUCUUGAGGUGACAGACAGUGACACAUGGAUAGACAGUGACACAUUAUAUACCGCCUUGCACACUCUUGCCUGCAUCUAGCUGAUAUAGGGUGUAAUCAUUAGUCCAACAGUUGCAAACAAGAGUUUCUAUUGGACAAAUCCAGGUUUGUUCAUCCCGCUUUGUUCCGUUUGCUUCUGUUUAAGAAAAUUUUUUUCAACAGAAUUGGCGGAAUGAAUACACCCCUGAUCAAGCGUAAACACAGUAUACUUUCAUAGUAGCCACGUUGUAUUCGUUCUCGCAUCUAUGCGCUCUCCUCUCACCUUGUCCCUUUGCUUGUGGACUUCAAUGCACAACACAUCAGCUGUAUGUGACCAGGCGGAAAAAACCUUUCCAAGCCAAACCAUAUCAUAACUGCUACACAUAGCCUAUCAUUGUCACCAUAUUAGCUAAAGUAACGUCAUAGUUAACAUAGCAAAUAGAACUAAUGCGUUAGUAAACCCGCUACAGUCAUGCAGUAAAGUUACAGUGGCGGGCCCCAGUGGCAAUAAAUUAGUCAAACCAAAAGCUUACCUUGACUUGGAAGAGUUCCGGUAUUGUGUUGGAUAGUCAUAUCCAGCUAGCUAACAUAGCAUCCCUCUGUUUGAGCAGGGUGUUUUGAGUAAGCUAAACUAGCUAAGCAUUUGCUAGCUAAGAAAGUGAAAAAAAAAAUACAAUCUCUCUCUCUCUCUUGCUUCUCCUUCAUUUUGGAAGAAAUGUAUUUGUUCAAAACUGUUCAACUAUUGUCUUUCUCUCUCUUUGAGUCAACUACUCACCAUAUUUUAUGCACUGCAGUGCUAGCUAGCUGUAGCUUAUGCUUUCAGUACUAGAUAUAUUCUCUGAUCCUUUGGUUGGGUGGACAACAUGUCAGUUCAUACUGCAAGAGCUCUGAUAGGUUGGAGGACGUCCUCCGGAAGUUGUCAUAAUUACUGUGUAAGUCUAUGGAAGGGGGUGAGAACCAUAACCUUCCUAGGUUUUGUAUUGAAGUCAAUGUACCCAGAGGAGGACGGAAGCUAGCUGUCCUCUGGCUACACCAUGGCGCUACCCUACAGAGUGCUGUUGAGGCUACUGUAGACCUUCAUUACAAAAUAGUGUGUUUUAAUCAAUUAUUUGGUGACAUGUGAUUAUAUUUAGGAUAGUUGUUUUACUAUUUUUAUUUUUAUGAAAUUCAACGAGGAGGAUGGUCCUCCCUUCCUCCUCUGAGGAGCCUCCACUGGUACAAUAAUAAUAAUAUUUGGGCAGAGACAGGAAAGAGCUGCAACUCUGAACUCUGAACAGGGGGUGAACUACACGUCCCACAAUGCUCCCUUGAGAUGAUGCAAGGAAUCAAGGAAAGAUUAAUUGAGAAAGAGUCAAUAGGAGAAUCUCAAUUGCAUUUCCUUGAUUCCUCGCGUCCUUUCUCUUUGCCUCAUUCUCAAAACCCAUUGGAUGAGAAGGUGAGAGGUCCCUUGGAUGAGGUACUUCUCAAAAUGAUAUUGGACCUUCUUCUCCAAUACGGUUGACAAGGCGAGGAGAUAGGAUGGAAGGAGUCGUGGAAAGACGAUUCGAGAUAGAGCCAUGGAUUCUUGUGGAACACCCUAUUUAAUGGAAAUGACUGUAGACUAUAGAGAUCUCUAAGGUUUUUAAUCCUCAGUCCUCACUAGGUAGGACUGCAUUACAGCUAAGGUAACAAGUUAUUUCUCUCUUCUCUUCAGUCCCUUUCCUACCACACAAUUGCAAGAUGGACAAAGUCGAAGAGGACUCAGAGGUGAGUUUAUUCAGACACAGUAAAUAAUGCAUUCUUAUAAUAAAUAUGCUUAUCGUAUCAACAUGUGCAUGACACUAGCUCUAUCUAUCUCCAUCUAUGACCAUAACGCUUUCCUCAAGCCUGACGAAAACCUUUGGGUCGAAACGCUACACUAAAUAAACUGCAGGAGCAUUCAACAGUGUGCUGGUAUCUACAGUGAGCGCCACAAGUAUUGGGACAGUGACACAUUUUUGUUGUUUUGGCUCUGUACUCCAGCACUUUGGAUUUGAAAUUAGACAAUGACUAUGAAGUUAAAGUGCAGACUGUCAGCUUUAAUUUGAGGGUAUUUCCAUCCAUAUGAAACAGUUUAGAAAUUACAGCACUUUUUGUACAUAGUCCCCCCAUUUUAGGGGACCAAAAGUAUCGGGACAAAUCCACUUAUGUUUAUUAAAGUAGUAAAAAGUUAAGUAUUUGGUCCCAUAUUCCUAGCACGGAAUGAUAACUCUACAAACUUGUUGGAUGCAUUUGCUGUUUGUUUUGGUAGUGUUUCAGAUUAUUUUGUGCCCAAUAGAAAUGAAUGGUAAAUAAUGUAUUGUUUCAUUUUGGAGUCACUUUUAUUGUAAAUAAGAAUAUAAUGUUUCUAAAAAACUGCUACAUUAAUGUGGAUGCUACCAUGAUUACGGAUAGUCCUGAAUGAAUCUUGAAUAAUGAUGAGUGAGAAAAUUGCAAACUCACAAAUAUCAUACCCCCAAGCAUUCAUUAUGAUAUUUAUACGUCUAUUAUUCAAGAUUAUUCAGGAUUAUCCGUAAUCAAUGGUCAUCUCAGUCUUCGGACUUGAAUCCCAUUGAAAACCAGUGGUUUGAAUUGAAGAGGGCAGUCCAUAGGAGCAGACGAAGGAUAUCAAGGAUCUGGAAAGAUUCUGUAUGGAGGAAUGGUGUAAGACUCCUCCCAGCGUGUUCUCAAAUCCAAAGUGCUGGAGUACAGAGCCAAAACAACAACAAAACUGUCACUGGCCCAAUACUUUUGAGCUCACUGUAUGUCUCUUUCAUAAUGUUUCUCUGCCAUCCAAACCUCCAUUACAGGAUAUCAAAGCAGUGGUGGAUGGGAUCGACGGUAUCAAGAUCUCCCAGGGGCUGGCGCUGGGCUUGGGGGACUUCGACCUGAUCCGGGUGAUCGGCCGUGGCAGCUACGCCAAGGUGCUGCUGGUGCGACUCAAGAAGAACGAACAGAUAUACGCCAUGAAGGUGGUCAAGAAGGAACUGGUUCACGACGAAGAGGUGAGAGGGAGGACGAGGAGAGGGUGAGAGAGAAGGAAGGAGGAGAGGGGGAUGGAGGAAAAGAGGGGGAGGGAAAGAGGGGGGGAGGGGAGAGAGAAACGGGGAGAGGAGGAAAAGCGAGGAGGAGAGAUGAAAAGAGGAGGAUCUGUAGAGCAUUGAGGGGAAAAAAGUACUUUAAAAAAUGUUUUUAUUUGCACACAAGAAAAUACAAAACAAUAUGAUGACAGUUUGAAAGGCAAACUAAAAGAGCACGUGCAAGAGGCACCUCCCCCUUUCAAAUGGUUAUAGAAUAAAAAGUAUCCAGAUUUUUUGAAUGAGGUGGGAUGAGUCAAUGGAAGUGCAGGGUGAAAUAGGAAGACAAGAGGAUCUCAGGGGGCGGAAAAGGAAAGAAAAAAGUAAGGAGGAAAUGGUGCCUGAAAUGGUGCGGUAUGAAAGGAUAGAGAGGGGGAGACGAAAUGAGGGGGGGGGGGAUAAGUAAGGAGUAGAGAGGGAAGAUAAAAAAGGAGGGUGAGGAAGAGAGAAAGAAGGGUAGAGAAGAGAGUAAUUGAGAGAUGUUAUAGUUUCCACCACUAGGUGGAGCUAUGGUAUUACUAUUACACCUAGCACAUACCAGAUGAAUGACAGAAUAUAGAUUUUGGAUUGAUUGUCCUCUGAUGAUAGUAAUGUAAUCAUUUGUAAUUAGCUAUUUGAGCUCCGAGCCCUUCACAUUUCAAUGGACAACUAAGAGAUGGACACAACAACAUUGCCACAAAUGACCCACGUGGAAAGGACCAUUCCUUCUAUUGCCACUCAACAUACUGUUAAAGGGGCAAUCCGGGAUUAUACAUCUAUAUUUUGACUUUUAAAGUGGUUACAUUUCUCCCACUCCCUCCAUCAGCUGUUUACCAAAACAAGUGGCGGGGUAAAUGCUUUGUUGUUUUUUGAAUCCCGGAUUGCCCCUUUAAUGUCUUAUCUUACAUAGGACGGGCCAUUCAGUGCUUGAUAGAUCUCUCUUUAUAGAUCUCUCCCAAUGUUUUUAGUGGGGAUCACGCCAUAUAUUAUAGAUUCUAUAACUGUAUAAAUGCAUUCAUGCAUAUACAGUAUGUGGUUAAUUAUUCAUUCAUGUAGGAAAGCCUGACAUCACUGGUGUCAGCAGAAAGACCACAGCAGAAAGAGACUACUAAAGACUUAUGCCUCUAUUACUACUAAUGAAGUCGAAUUGACCAAUAGGAAUUUGUGAUGUUAUGCGUAAGAUAAAGAUUGAAUUCAUAUGUAUUGUGAGAGAACACGGAAUGGAAGAGGAGAGUUGGACAGCCAUUAUUAAUUGUCCAUUACUUUAAUUAAAUAAAUACAUUCUUCUUAGCUACUGUACAAAGUUGUGAUAAUCAUAGGAUUCACUAUGCUAAUCUGAAGCACAAGUUGCCUUCAAGAUCUAGGAUCAGCUAUCUAUCCAAAGGUUAAAAGCUUCAAAACUGAACUCUGAUCAGCUCUCUGGCCACAGCAACACUCUUCCUAAUUCACCACUUGCAAUACUACAGCACAACACCAUGCCUAGCCAAACAAAACUAUACCCAGAAGUCCAUUUCAGGGGAUGAGAGACAGAAUGACAAAGGGGUGUGUUUACAUGCUAAAAGGGGUCACUUUGAGGUCUGAUGACGAACUGAAGGGGAUUUUAGCCUCGGUUUAGCCUAGUCAGCCCCUCAGCUUGGCAUCCUGUCUCUGUCCCUCUCAGGGCAGCCAAGGCUACCAGCCAGGGUAGCUAUAGCCCAGCUUUUAGAAAUAAGCAGAAAAAUGGCCGCCCAGCCAAAGCCAGACAGGUUGCUAUUCCCAUAGAUAUAUAACCUAGAGGGCACACCUCUUAUCGUUGCCAUUGAUCCAUAGAGACGGAUAGAGGGCGCACCUCUGAUCAACGAUUGCUAUUGAUCGCUUCUGUGACAAUGCCAGAACCACUGAGGGCUAUCUCCGUUUUAAAUUAGUGAAUUAUUCCGUUGUCUACUUCUAUGAGUAGAUCGGUGGUUUGUAAACAACAGGCAUAAAGCCAUAGAGAUGGAUAGAGGGUGCAGAGACCCACCCACCCAAAGACUUUAGUCAGAAGGAGUAUAAGUUCACGGCCUGGAAAAAGCAAGAGAUGUUUGUCUUCCUCCGUGAUUCCUCGCAAUCUGCUCAUUGUCUGUCAACUCUGGCUUGGGCUCGGAAAUGAAAGUGCUCUGAUUUCUAAAGCUUUUUGUAAAGAUGUGUGUGUUUGUGUGAGAGAAAUAUUUAUUGUGCAUAGGGUAUUGACUUAGUCUACACUACAACAGGUUACUGAGUUGUUUGUGAAGCUUAGAGUGGAGCUCCUCAUUUUACAUGUUACAUCUAGGUGGUCGUUAUGGGAUUGGAAAUUGUUUCUUUUAAAUGCAGUGUUUCAGUGUUUCAGGUUUAUGUGUUUCAGUAAUUUGCUUAUUUUUACUCCUUCAUUUGUCAGAGGAAGAGAAAACAUAAGGUGCCUCUUUCUCUAACUAGUGCUCCUAUUUGUGAUUGUGCCCCUUGGUUUUCCCUCUGCAUUAGAUCAUAGUCCAGUAGUACUAUUUAGUAAUAACUACAAAUUAAUGAUGUACUAUGUACACACGGAAACAUGUAUAUUUCUUAAUUUGUGUGUCUUUGGGAUACUUAUUUAUCCCAUAUUUUCUGUGUACAGUCAGGUCUAUAAUUAAUUUUCUCUGCUAGGAGGCUGACACUUGGCCACAAGUGGAUCUUCUAGCAAGACAAUAACCCCAAGCACAAAUCAAAAUCCACAAAGAAAUGGUUAAUUGACCACAAAAUCAACAUUUUGCAAUGGUCAUCUCAGUCUUCGGACUUGAACCCCAUUGAAAACCUGUGUUUGAAUUGAAGAGGGCAGUCUAUAGGAGCAGACAAAGGAUAUUAAGGAUCUGGAAAGAUUCUGUAUGGAGGAAUGGUGUAAGACUCCUCCCAACGUGUUCUCAUAAAACAUUUUAGAAAAAUGCUCACUGUCGUUAUCCUCGCAAGGGGAGGGUGCUAGAGUAUUGGAAACAGGGUUGCCAAUAAUCUUGACCCCCAUUUUUUAAAUAAUUAUUAGUAUUAUUAUAAAAUAAUAUAAUUUCCCACAUUUUUGGAGCAUACAAUAUAGCUCAGUAUUUGUAUUAUUUAUUUUAUACAGUCUUUUUUGCUCAUCUUUAUCAAGGAUUCCAAUACUUAUCUACCUGACUGUAUGUCUAUGUUCCAUUACUUAAGUGUUAUGCCUAUUUUUAUCGGAAAGAAGACAGUUUAGGUCGUCAGUAGGGUGACUCCUACCUAUGUUGUGAUCUAACUUGGAUCAAUUUACUAGUCAAUUUACUCAGUCUUUCCUUGUUUAUUAAAGGUAGUCUAAUCUAAAGGGUUAAUACCAAUAGAGUAGAAAUCCAUUGGGUUGAAUAAAGUGGCUUAGAUAAGAGAACCUUCUUGUAUUGUACCAUGCAAUGAGAAAGAAAAUGGCUGCUUUGUGUUGUGAUGUUCCACUACAGCACAUAUGCAUAAAAGGCAGAGCUAUGAAAGGAUGCUAAUACUGUAUACAGUAUAUUUACAAAGACUGUCAUACAUGGCAUCAUGCAUCUCGGUCUGUUUGUUUGUCUGCAGCUCGUCUAGGAUGAUUAUGGAUAAGACAAAAUGGUUGCUAAUGUGUUGUCUUUCCAUCUCUCUCCAUAUCUCUCUCUCUCUCUCUCUUUCCAUCUCUCUUUCUCCCUCCCUGUUUCCCUUACAGGACAUUGACUGGGUGCAGACAGAGAAACAUGUGUUUGAGCAGGCGUCUACCAAUCCGUUCUUAGUGGGCCUUCACUCCUGCUUUCAGACAGAGAGCCGGUAAGAGGCAGACAGACACUCUCAGAGACACUCAGUUGCAACAUGUUGCUUUUACAUAGAGAAUGUAUUCUGAAUGACUAAUACCCAGGCUAAAUAAAGGUGAAAUGAAUCAAUUUCUCUGCAAUCGUUCCACUGGCCUUGGAACUAGGCAACUGAAUCGCUCAUCGUUAGACCUCUGUUCAUUAUGUGAAGUAAGAAACUACGGAGCUGUGGCUUCUGUGAAAAGUGACACAUUCAAUGACAGACUUCUCAUUGUAAGGAAAGAAAUGUACAGUUGUAGUCAAUUAGAGGUAGGCUAUGAGAGCCUUUACCGUAAGACUAUGAACUGUGAACCAUGACUUAAAGUGAAACCAAACAUACAUUUUUAGAGGCAGUCUUUUGUCACAAAAGUUCACCAAGGUAAAACAAUGUUUUUUUAACGAAGAACUUUAAAAUCGUAUUUAGCCAGAUAAUGGGCAUUACAUUUGACAUGCAGCCUUCAGUUGGCCAAUGAUAAUAAUAGCUAUUGUUUUGGAAAAUGGCAAUCUUGGUAAGAGGGCCACUCAGGCUGCAUUCAAACUCCAAACACUCUCCAAGACUGAUUGUUUACGAAUGUCUUCUCCUCUCCCUUUUCUUCUGAUUGUAGGUUAUUUCUCGUGAUCGAGUACGUCAACGGAGGGGAUCUGAUGUUUCAUAUGCAACGGCAACGGAAACUACCAGAAGAACACGCAAGGUAAACAAACAACAUCCUCCUGCUCCUCUGAUACUUCAACAGCAUACGGAUAGAACCCUCAAUCAACCCUCAAACAUGGCUCUCUGCCAUUUCCUCUACCCUAUAAACGUAUCCAUUUAUUCUGAGGAUGAAUAGGCCCUAUUAGCGUCCUAAUAUGAUAGGCAUUAUUGUGUUUUUCAGGAAAGCACACCAGAGAUAGAGAAAUCACAAGCAUUUAGCCCACCAUGUCUCGCUAUGCCAAUUGUGAGGCGGAGAAUGUAAAUAUUGAACAGAAAUCACCUAUUCAUUAAAAACUCCUUCCUGAAACUCCUUCCUGAAACUCCUUCCCAUAUAAUAUACAUAAUACCAUAUACUGUAUGUUGGCUUCAGGAUGUUUUCUACGUUGUGCGAAGUUCAGAAUGGAAAUGUAAGUUGGACAAACUGUGUCACGAAGUCUGGGGGCUGGGAACUCUCUGGAUACUCUCGAGGAUAAGCAUGUCUGAAUUAAUCUUAUUUUCUUUCAGAUUCUAUGCUGCUGAAAUUUGUAUCGCUCUGAAUUUCCUGCAUGAAAAGGGAAUCCUCUACCGAGAUUUGAAACUGGACAACGUUCUCUUGGAUCACGAGGGACACAUCAAGCUGACAGACUACGGGAUGUGCAAGGUGAGACCCAUGCACAGACCUACUGUAUACUGUUAUAGUACUGCUACUAUGCUGCUUACUUUACUUCUCAUUCAUUAUGUAGAAGUGGAUUAAUACACUAGGCAUCGAAAGUCUCACGCUCUUUCUCCUCUCUUUCACUUGUCUUUCUCUCGCUCUCUUUCUUUCUCUGUUCUCUUGUCCUUCCCCCUACUCUCUCCCCCACUCUUCCCCCCCUCUCUCCCCCACAUCUUCCCCCCCUCUCUCUCUUUCCCCUUCCCUUCACCCCCUUCUCUCUCCCCUUUCCUUUCUCUCUCCUUCAACCUCCUUCCCCCUCUCUCUCUAUCAGGAGGGCAUCAGACCAGGAGACACCACCAGUACAUUCUGUGGAACCCCCAACUACAUAGCCCCCGAGAUCCUCAGAGGGGAAGACUACGGUGAGUCCCUCCCAUCAACAAACACAUACAUGGAGGGAAUGGGGAGAACUAUUUAGGAGUUAUUGUAAAAAACAACCACUUCAAUAAAUAAAAAAAUAUGUGAAAAAAAAAUAAUGAACAGAACUCCGUCAUUACCAAACUAUUGCUGUCAUUACCAUACUAUUGCUGUCAUUACCAAACUAUUGCUGUCAUUACCAUACUAUUGCUGUCAUUAGCAAACUAUUGCUGUCAUUAGCAAACUAUUGCUGUCAUUAGCAAACUAUUGCUGUCAUUACCAAACUAUUGUUGUCAUUACCAAACUAUUGCUUUCAUUACCAAACUAUUGCUGUCAUUACCAAACUAUUGCUGAAUCUAACCAAGAUGGCCGAUAUUGUCUGUGUGUCUCUCUCCAGGGUUCAGUGUUGACUGGUGGGCGUUAGGCGUGCUCAUGUUUGAGAUGAUGGCCGGGAGGUCCCCGUUCGACAUCAUCACCGACAAUCCUGACAUGAACACCGAGGAGUACCUCUUCCAAGGUGAGAGAUCCCUCUAUUACAGUAUGACGGGUAUUCAUAACAGCUCUUCUCACUCAAUGUCUCAAAGUGCUUCACAUUGUUAAGUGUGACAUCCACUACUACUACGCAAUGUGUAGCACCCACCGGGGUGAUGCAUGGUGGCCAUAUUGUGUCAAAAACAACAACAAAUGCUCUCCACACAUUGGCUACUCACUCCUCCACUCAAGUGCAUAAUUAUCCAGGAUAGUAGUAGGCCUAUAUACCUAUAUACACUACCAGGCCUAUAUACACUACCAGUCAAAAGUUUGGACACACCUACUCAUUCAAGGGUUUUUCUUAAUUUUUACUAUUUUUUACAUUUUAGAAUAAUAGUGAAGACAUCAAAACUAUAAAAUAACACACAUGGAAUCAUGUAGUUACCAAAAAAGUGUGUGGGGGGGGGGAGCCCUAUUUGGUAAAAGACCAAGUCCAUAUUAUGGCAAGAACAGCUCAAAUAAGCAAAGAGAAACGACAGUCCAUCAUUACUUUAAGAUAUGAAGGUUAGGCAAUAUGGAAAAUGUUAAGAACUUUCUUCAAGUGCUUUCGCAAAAACCAUCAAGCGCUAUGAUGAAACUGGCUCUCAUGAGGACCACCAUAGGAAUGGAAGACUCAGAGUUACCUCUGUUGCAGAGGAUACAUUAAUUAGAGUUAUCAGCCUCAGAAAUUGCAGCCCAAAUAAAUGCUUCACAGAGUUCAAGUCACAGACACAUCUCAACAUCAACUGUUCAAAGGGGACUGUGUAAAUCAGAAGAAACCACUACUAAAGGACACCAAUAAGAAGAAGAGACCUGCUUGGGCCAAGAAGCACGAGCAAUGGACAUUAGACCGGUGGAACUUGACCUUUGGUCUGGAGUCCUAACUGGAGAUUUUUGGUUCCAACCGAUGUGUCUUUGUGAGACACUGUGUGGGUAAACAGAUGAUCUCCGCAUGUGUAGUUCCCACCAUAAAGCAUGGAGUAGGAGGUGUUAUGGUGUGGGGGUGCUUUGCUGGUGACACUGUCUGUGAUUUAUAUAGAAUUCAAGGCACACUUAACCAGCAUGGCUACCACAGCAUUCUGCAGCGAUACCCCAUCCCAUCUGGUUUGGGCUUAGUGGGACUAUCAUUCGUUUUUCAACAGGACAAUGACCCAACCACACCUCCAGGCUGUGUAAGGGCUAUUUUACCAAGAAGGAGAGUGAUGGAGUGCUGCAUCAGAUGACCUGGCCUCCACAAUCCGCCGACCUCAACCCAAUUGAGAUGGUUUGGGGUGAGUCGGACGGCAGAGUGAAGGAAAAGCAGCCAACAAGUGCUCAGCAUAUGUGGGAACUCCUUCAAGACUGUUGGAAAAGCAUUCCAGGUGAAGCUGGUUGAGAGAAUGCCAAGAGUGUGCAAAGCUGUCAUCAAGGCAAAGGGUGGCUAUUUGAAGAAUCUCAAAUAGAAAAUAUAUUUAGAUUUGUUAUAACACUUCUUUGGUUACUACAUGAUUCCAUAUGUGCUAUUUCAUAGAUUUGAUGUCCACGAAUAUUCUACAAUGUAGAAAAUAGUAAAAAUAAAGAAAAACCCUUGAAUGAGUAGGUGUGUCCAAACUUUUGACAGGUACUGUAUGUCUAACUGUAUAUCUGAAAAUGUGUCUUUUGGUGCUCCAAAACCACAGCACACAAACACACCACACGUCACUCAAUAUGUUAGGUUUGAUGUAUUUUGUGUUAAAACCGAUAAAGAUUUGCACACUAAAAAUAAGUAUGAGACAUUUGGACAGCUAGAGCUAUCUGGAUAGGCAAGACCACUGGAGAGCCAACUGCCUCUUGUAUGACAUACAGUUGAAGUCGGAAGUUUACAUACACUUAGGUUGGAGUCAUUAAAACUAGUUUUUCAACCACUCCACACAUGUAUUGUUAACAAACUAUAGUUUUGGCAAGUCGGUUAGGACAUCUACUUAAUUUUUCCAACAGUUGUUUACAGACAGAUUAUUUCACUUAUAAUUCACUGUAUCACAAUUCCAGUGGGUCAGAAGUUUACAUGCACUAAGUUCACUAUGCCUUUAAACAGCUUGGAAAAUUCAAGAAAAUUAUGUCAUGGCUUUAGAAGCUUCUGAUAGGCUAAUUGACAUCAUUUGAGUCAAUUGGAGGUGUACCUGUGGAUGUAUUUCAAGGCUACCUUCAAACUCAGUGUCUCUUUGCUUGACAUCAUGGGAAAAUCAAAAGAAAUCAGCCAAGACCUCAGAAAAAAAUUGUAGACCUCCACAAGUCUGGUUCAUCCUUGGGAGCAAUUUCCAAACGCCUGAAGGUACCACGUUCAUCUGUACAAACAAUAGUAUGCAAGUAUAAACACCAUGGGACCACGCAGCCGUCAUACCGCUCAGGAAGGAGAUGGGUUCUGUCUCCUAGAGAUGAACGUACUUUGGUGCGAAAAGUGCAAAUCAAUCCCAGAACAACAGCAAAGGACCUUGUGAAGAUGCUGGAGGAAAAAGUUACAAAAGUAUCUAUAUCCACAGUAAAACGAGUCCUAUAUCGACACAACCUGAAAAGCCGCUCAGCAAGGAAGAAGCCACUGCUCCAAAACCGCCAUAAAAAAGCCAGACUACGGUUUGCAACUGCACAUGGGGACAAAGAUCGUACUUUUUGGAGAAAUGGCCUCUGGCCUGAUGAAUAAAAAUAGAACUGUUUGGCCAUAAUGACCAUCGUUAUGUUUGGAGGAGAAAGGGGGUUGCUUGCAUUCCGACGAACACCAUCCCAACCGUGAAGCACGGGGGUGGCAGCAUCAUGCUGUGGGGGUGCUUUGCUGCAGGAGGGACUGGUGCACUUCAUAAAAUAGAUGUGGAUAUAUUGAAGCAACAUCUCAAGACAUCAGUCAGGAAGUUAAAGCUUGGUUGCAAAUGGGUCUUCCAAAUGGACAAUGACCCCAAGCAUACUUCCAAGGUUGUGGCAAAAUGGCUUAAGGAUAAGGUAUUGGAGUGGCCAUCACAAAGCCCUGACCUCAAUCCUAUAGAACAUUUGUAGGGCAGAACUGAAAAAGCGUGUGCGAGCAAGGAUGCCUACAAACCUGACUCAGUUACACCAGCUCUGUCAGGAGGAAUGGGCCAAAAUUCACCCAACUUAUUGUGGGAAGCUUGUGGAAGGCUACCCGCAACGUUUGACCCAAGUUAAACAAUUUAAAGGCAAUGCUACCAAAUACUUAUUGAGUGAAUGUAAACUUCUGACCCACUGGGAAUGUGAUGAAAGAAAUAAAAGCUUAAAUAAAUCAUUCUCUCUACUAUUAUGGUCCUCUGUAGCUCAGCUUGUAGAGCACGACGCUUGUAACGCCAGGGUAGUGGGUUCGAACCCCGGGACCACCCAUACACAAAAAAAAUGUAUGUACGCAUGACUGUAAGUCGCUUUGGAUAAAAGCGUCUGCUAAAUGGCAUAUUAUAUUAUUAUUAUUCUGACAUUUCACAUUCUUAAAAUAAAGUGGUGAUCCUAACUGACCUAAGACAGGGAAUUUUUACUAGGAUUAAAUGUCAGGAAUUGUGAAAAACUGAGUUUAAAUGUAUUUGGCUAAGGUGUAUGUAAACUUCCGACUUCAACUGUAUGUACAGUGGGGGGAAAAAAGUAUUUAGUCAGCCACCAAUUGUGCAAGUUCUCCCAUUUAAAAAGAUGAGAGAGGCCUGAAAUUUUCAUCAUAGGUACACGUCAAUUAUGACAGACAAAAUGAGAUUUUUUUUCUCCAGAAAAUCACAUUGUAGGAUUUUUAAUGAAUUUAUUUGCAAAUUAUGGUGGAAAAUAAGUAUUUGGUCAAUAACAAAAGUUUCUCAAUACUUUUGUUAUAUACCCUUUAUUGGCAAUGACACAUGUCAAACGUUUUCUGUUAGUCUUCACAAGGUUUUCACACACUGUUGCUGGUAUUUUCAACAUGUCCCUGACUGAGUCUGUAAUACCAACAUGUUUCAAGCAGACCACCAUAGUCCCCGUGCCCAAGGACUCUAAGAUAACCUGCCUAAAUGACUACCGACCCGUAGCACUGACGUCUGUAGCCAUGAAGUGCUUUGAAAGGCUGGUCAUGGCUCACAUCAACAGCAUUAUCCCAGAAACCCUAGACCCACUCCAAUUUGCAUACCGCCCCAACAGAUCCACAGAUGAUGCAAUCUCUAUUGCACUCCACACUGCCCUUUCCCACCUGGACAAGAGGAACACCUACGUGAGAAUGCUAUUCAUUGACUACAGCUCAGCAUUCAACACCAUAGUGCCCUCUAAGCUCAUCACUAAGCUAAGGAUCCUGGGACUAAACACCUCCCUCUGCAACUGGAUCCUGGACUUCCUGACGGGCCGCCCCCAGGUGGUAAGGGUAGGUAACAACACAUCUGCCACACUGAUCCUUAACACGGGGGCCCCUCAGGGGUGCGUGCUCAGUCCCCUCCUGUACUCUCUGUUCACCCAUGACUGCAUGGCCAGGCACGACUCUAACAACAUCAUUAAGUUUGCCGACGACACAACAGUGGUAGGCCUGAUCACCGACAACAAUGAGACAGCCUAGAGGGAGGAGGUCAGAGACCUGGCCGUGUGGUGCCAGGACAACCAACCUCUCCCUCAACGUGACCAAGACAAAGGAGAUGAUUGUGGACUACAGGAAAAAAAAGAGGACUGAGCACGCCCCCAUUCUCAUCGACAGGGCUGUAGUGGAACAGGUUGAGAGCUUCAAGUUCCUUGGUGUCCACAUCACCAACGAACUAUCAUGGUCCAAACACACCAAGACAGUCGUGAAGAGGGCACGACAAAGCCUAUUCCCCCUCAGGAGACUGAAAAGAUUUGGCAUGGGUCCUCAGAUCCUCAAAAAAGUAUACAGCUGCACCAUCGAGAGCAUCCUGACUGGUUGCAUCACCGCCUGGUAUGGCAACUGCUUGGCCUCCGACCGCAAGGCACUACAGAGGGUAGUGCGUACGGCCCAGUACAUCACUGGGGCCAAGCUUCCUGCCAUCCAGGACCUCUAUACCAGGUGGUGUCAGAGGAAGGCCCUCAACAUUGUCAAAGACUCCAGCCACCCUAGUCAUAGACUGUUCUCUCUGCUACCGCACGGCAAGCGGUACCGGAGUGCCAAGUCUAGGUCCAAAAGACUUCUCAACAGCUUCUACCCCCCAAGCCAUAAGACUCCUGAACAGCUAAUCAUGGCUACCCGGACUAUUUGCAUUGCCCCCCCCACCCCAUCCUUUUUACGCUGCUGCUACUCUGUUAAUUAUUUAUGCAUAGUCACUUUAACUCUACCCACAUGUACAUAUUACUUCAACUAUCUCAACUAGCCGGUGCCCCCGCACAUUGACUCUGCACCGGUACCCCCCUGUAUAUAUAGCCUCCCUACUGUUAUUUUAUUUGACUUCUGCUCUUUUUUUCUCAACACUUUUUUUGUUGUUGUUUUAUUUUUACUUUUUUUUUUACAAAUAAAUGCACUGUUGGUUAAGGGCUGUAAGUAAGCAUUUCAAUGUAAUGUCUGCACCUGUUGUAUUCGGCGCAUGUGACCAAUAAAAUUUGAUUUGAUUUGAUUUGGCCCAUUCCUCCAUGCAGAUCUCCUCUAGAGCAGUGAUGUUUUGGGGCUGUCGCUGGGCAACACAGACUUUCAACUCCCUCCAAAGAUUUUCUAUGGGGUUGAGAUCUGGAGACUGGCUAGGCCACUCCAGGACCUUGAAAUGCUUCUUACGAAGCCACUCCUUCGUUGCCCGGGCGGUGUGUUUGGGAUCAUUGUCAUGCUGAAAGACCCAGCCACGUUUCAUCUUCAAUGCCCUUGCUGAUGGAAGGAGGUUUUCACUCAAAAUCUCACGAUACAUGGCCCCAUUCAUUCUUUCCUUUACACGGAUCAGUCGUCCUGGUCCCUUUGCAGAAAAACAGCCCCAAAGCAUGAUGUUUCCACCCCCAUGCUUCACAGUAGGUAUGGUGUUCUUUGGAUGCAACUCAGCAUUCUUUGUCCUCCAACCACGACGAGUUGAGUUUUUACCAAAAAGUUCUAUUUUGGUUUCAUCUGACCAUAUGACAUUCUCCCAAUCCUCUUCUGGAUCAUCCAAAUGCACUCUAGCAAACUUCAGACAGGACAUGGCUUAAGCAGGGGGACACGUCUGGCACUGCAGGAUUUUAGUCCCUGGCGGCGUAGUGUGUUACUGAUGGUAGGCUUUGUUACUUUGGUCCCAGCUCUCUGCAGGUCAUUCACUAGGUCCCCCCGUGUGGUUCUGGGAUUUUUGCUCACCGUUCUUGUGAUCAUUUUGACCCCAAGGGGUAAGAUAUUGCGUGGAGCCCCAGAUCGAGGGAGAUUAUCAGUGGUCUUGUAUGUCUUCCAUUUCCUAAUAAUUGCUCCCACAGUUGAUUUCUUCAAACCAAGCUGUUUACCUAUUGCAGAUUCAGUCUUCCCAGCCUGGUGCAGGUCUACAAUUUUGUUUCUGGUGUCCAUUGACAGCUCUUUGGUCUUGGCCAUAGUGGAGUUUGGAGUGUGACUGUUUGAGGUUGUGGACAGGUGUCUUUUAUACUGAUAACAAGUUCAAACAGGUGCCAUUAAUACAGGUAACGAGUGGAGGACAGAGGAGCCUCUUAAAGAAGAAGUUACAGGUCUGUGAGAGCCAGAAAUCUUGCUUGUUUGUAGGUGACCAAAUACUUAUUUUCCACCAUAAUUUACAAAUAAAUUUAUUAAAAAAUCCUACAAUGUGAUUUUCUGGAUUUUUUUUCUCAAUUUGUCUGUCAUAGUUGACGUGUACCUAUGAUGAAAAUUACAGGCCUCUCUCAUCUUUUUAAGUGGGAGAACUUGCACAAUUGGUGGCUGACUAAAUACUUUUUUCCCCCACUGUAUUAUACCAUAGAAAUAGAAUUGAUUGAAUGGGAUGUCCGUUCUAGUAAUUCUAUUCGUAUGUGCUAUACUGUACCACAACCCCGUCUCUCUCCACCAUGCCCACCCAUGGAAGCCUUGGCAUGGGCAUUGGAACGGACAUCUACCAGCCUUUUGGUCCUCCUCAUGCCCCAACAGGGCAAGCAGCAUGUCUCCUUGAUGCCUCCUCGCUAGCGGAAACAAGCCCCUCUCUCUGUAGGAGAGGGCUAGCGUAAUGCCAAAAGCCUGACCUGUGCCAACCUCACCCUGGGAAACCCUGGCACACAUGCCAGACCACAGAACCAUAGACAUGUAAACAGAGUAUGGGGUUGGCAUGGUGGUAUCCAAAGAUCCAUAACAAUUAGGUUGUAACCAAAUGAGAAUGUCAUGGAACGUUUUGUACCAACUGUCAGUCUGUCCGCUUGUCUGUCUUCCUGCCUUUUCCUUCUGUCUGCCUGCCUUUCCGUCUAUACUAUGCUACACUCUGCCAUACUAUACUGCUCCCCAACACUUCCUUCUGGCGACCACUAGACACAUGUCACCAUCAGUGUUCCUAACCCUGGCCCUAGGCCAAGCUCCUUAACCCUAAACCCCAUCACAGAGGUUGCAUCCCAAAUGGCACCAUAUUCCCUACAUUGUGCGCUACUUUUGAACAGAGCCCUAGCCAUUUGAGAUGCAGCCAGUGACUGAUCCCGUUAACAUUCCAUUAGGACUCAGUGUAAACAAACAGAACAGAGCUGGCCGGCCGGCUGGGGGCAUUUAGGAAGAAGAGGAUAAACAACACUACUCUUCCUGCUGUAAUCUGUUCAUCAGAGAGCCAGGGAAGUUAAACGGCUUUGCGUCUACUCUUAGACAUGCAAUGUUUGUUGAUGAGUAAUCAGAAAUAUCUAUCUGUUUUGUUGUGUUGCUGGGAGAGUGGGGAUUUGAGGUCAAUCAAGGAUUGACUUGACCCGACAGAGUGCGUUCCAAUAAUCUCUCCUUUCUCCCGAAGUACGCACUUGUUCACUUGCCUUUAUGGAUUUAACAGGAAAUGACUGGUUUAAGAAACUUAAUCUAGCCCAUGCCUACACCAAUCCAAUGCUCUUAAUGUGGGGAGGAGUGAACAUGUGCACACCUCAGGAGGAAGGAGAGAUUAUGUGAGUCCAACUAACCAACACAAGAUGAAGCGCUACACAAUACUACCAAACUGUUUCCCACUGCGAAAAACCGAACGUGCUGUACUACAGAACAUGACUGACGCAGUCACAGAACAGAGCCCCCUCAUCCCUCCUCUUCUCCUCCUCCUCUUCUCUCAUCCCCCCUUCCGCCCACUGGUUCGUACGCAACAGGCGCAGGGACCCACAGGCUGGCUGGAUGGUGAAUCACCAAUUGUUUGCCUCCCUCCCGCCCUCCACAUGAUUGUCUUUCCCUCUCUCUUUCUCACUCAUUCUUUUUCUCUGUCUUCUCCACACAGUUAUUCUCGAAAAGCCCAUUCGCAUCCCAAGGUCUCUGUCAGUGAAGGCUGCCAGCGUGCUGAAGGGCUUUUUAAACAAGGUGAGAGAAGAACGCUGUAGUGUAAACCCAGUGUGCCCAAUCAGGUGUCUCCCUCUCUCCUUCCCUCCCCCUCUCCCUGUCUAUUUGCAGUGCUCAGUGAAAUCAGCGUGUGUAGGAACGUAGCCAAGUCCACAUUAGGACAGCAACAUGACAGCCACUCGGUGAAGGCCUUACCCAUUUGGCUGAGAGACAGCGAGUUUAUGUGCGCGCCUAUGUGUGUGUGCGUUCACAUGUUUGUUUGUUUGUUAUACUAUGGAGUUUCACAUCCACUACAGUUACUGUGUAUUUGUUUCUACACGUGUGUGAGUGUUUCAUCCCUGAUAUGCAUGGUUUAGUAAAACAGUAUAUUUUUGUGUGAAUGGCCUUGGAGCUCUUCACAUGCAUUAAGCCUCUGCUAGUUAGGGUGCUAAUAAUAAAAUAAUUGUACUGAUGAAAAGGUUAGCUGGGGGCAUUGGUUUGUCCAAACAUACAGUCGCUAGUGAAAGUCUACACACCCCUUGCACAGUCUUCACAUUUUUCUGCCAUACAAUUCAAUCUAAAAAGGGAUCAAAUUAGAUUUUUUUUCCUGCCGAUCUACACAACCUACUCCACAUUUUCAAAGUGAAAGAAAAAUGAUAGAAAAUUGUCCAAAUGACUAAGAAAUACAAAAUGAGGAUGGAUUGAUUGCAUAUGUCUUCACACCCCAGAGUUAAUACUUGGUGUAAGCACCUUUGGCAGCCAACCUUCAACAACUCUCAGGGCAACCUACAGGUAACUAACAAAAUAAUGGAAACACUUAAGUAAACGAGGGAUACAAAGUAUAUUGAAAGCAGGUGCUUCCACACAGUUGUGGUUCCUUAGUUAAUUAAGCAAUUAACAUCCCAUCAUGCUUAGGGUCAUGUAUAAAAAUGCUGGGCAGGCCAUUAUUUUAGCUACCAGGCUACGCCCCCAUAGGAUGAUAAUGCCCCAUCCAUACAGCACGAGUGGUCACUGAAUGGUUUGACGAGCAUGAAAACGCCAUAGCCAUCUCAGUCACCAGAUCUCAACCCAAUUGAACACUUAUAGGAAAUUCUGGCGCAGUGCAAACAAAACCUUCCAUACAUGUUUGCCCAUGUUAGAAGUGGUCAGAAAGUACUCAAACAUGACCCAUUUUGCAUACCCCACCCUACCAUGAGACAUCCAUGCACACCCGCAUGUGUGUAUGUCUGUGGUAUGUGUGUACACACGUGUGCUUGUGAGAGAGAGAAAGAAAGAAGGAGAAUGCUGUAGCAUGCCUCACUCUCCAUUUAAAACCUACCCUAAGCAGAAACCGUGGAUAGACGGCAGCAUUCGCGCAAAUCUAAAAGCGCGAACCACCUUUUCCAACAGUCUUGAAGGAGUUCCUACAUAUGCUGAGCACUUGUUGGCUGCUUUUCCUUCACUCUGCGGUCCAACUCAUCCCACACCAUCUCAAUUGGGUUGAGGUCGGGUGAUUGCGGAGGCCAGGUCAUCUGAUGCAGCACUCCAUCACUCUCCUUCUUGGUCAAAUAGCCCUUACAUAGCCUGGAGGUGUGUUGGGUCAUUGUCCUGUUGAAAAACAAAUGAUAGUCCCAUUAAGCGCAAACCAGAUUGGAUGGCGUGUUGCUGCAGAAUGCUGUGGUAGCCAUGCUGGUUAAGUGUGCCUUGAAUUCUAAAUAAAUCACAGACAGUGUCACCAGCAAAGCACCCCCACACCAUCACACCUCCUCCUCCAUGCUUCACGGUGGGAACAACACAUGCGGAGAUCAUCCAUUCACCAAAUUUGGACUCAUCAGACCAAAGGACAGAUUUCCACCGGUCUAAUGUCCAUUGCUCGUGUUUCUUGGCCCAAGCAAGUCUCUUCAUCUUAUUGGUGUCCUUUAGUAGUGAUUUCUUUGCAGCAAUUCAACCAUGAAGGCCUGAUUCACGCAGUCUCCUCUGAACAGUUGAUGUUGAGAUGUGUCUGUUACUUGAACACUGUGAAGCAUUUAUUUGGGCUGCAAACUGAGGUGCAGUUAACUCUAAUGAACUUAUCCUCUGCAGAAGAGGUAACUCUGGGUCUUUCUUUCCUGUGGCGGUCCUCAUGAGAGCCAGUUUCGUCAUAGCGCUUGAUGGUUUUUGCGACUGCACUUGAAGAAACUCUCAAAGUUUUUUAAAUGUUCCGGAUUAACUGACCUUCAUGACUUAAAGUAAUGAUGGACUGUUGUUUCUCUUUGCUUAUUUGAGCUGUUCUUGCCAUAAUAUGGACUUGGUCUUUUACCAAAUAGGGCUAUCUGCUGUAUACCCCCCUACCUUGUCACAACACAACUGAUUGGCUCAAACACAUUAAGAAGGAAAGAAAUUCCACAAAUUAACUUUUGAGAAGGCACACCUGUUAAUUGUAAUGCAUUCCAGGUGACUACCUCAUGAAGCUGGUUGAGAGAAUGCCAAGAGUGUGCAAAGCUGUCAUCAAGGCAAAGGGUGGCUACUUUGAAGAAUCUCAAAUAUAAAAUAUAUUUUGAUUUGUUUAACACUUUUUUUGGUGUUAUUUCAUAGUUAUGAUGUCUUCACUAUUAUUCACAAUGUAGAAAACAGUAAAAAUAAAGAUGUUGUCCGGACAAUCUAUAUACCAAACAUUAUUAAGAUCUAAUUAUUUGAACAUGUAUUCACACGACUUGAUUCAUGAAAUGAGUAAAAAACUGUAACUAUGUGUCCAAAGACUAAAUGUAGUACGUUACAGAAAUGUCUGUAGUUCACAAACGACAAUUAGUUUAAUCAUAUAUUUGGCAUAUUUGGGCUAAGAACAGAUCAAAUAACAAUACUAUUUGCUUUUAAACAAUUUAAUUCUGAAAUGUAUUUCAAAAUACAUAUGCUAAAGUCAUUUUAAUGAUUUUUAAAAUUUUCUCAAAAUCCCAACUAUGAUUGUCAUUAUCUAGCAUACUUUCAGUGUCAAUCUUAAAACUUCAAGGUUUGGGUCAGGUUGGUGGCAGCUUCAUGCUAUGCGUAUGAUUGUCAUCAGCAGGGACUGGGGAGUUUGUCAGGAUGAAAAUAAAUAUGAAAGGUGUAAAGCCCAGGUAAAAUGUUAAAGGAAAACCCACCUCAGUCUUCUGAAAACCUAACCCUGGGAUAGAUGAUUACACAAAUGUGUGUGCUAAAGACACACCAGUGGUCUAGUCUCAUGGUUAUGCUGGGCAUACACUAAACACGACUUCUAAAAUCUUAACAUCUUGGACCUGCUCACUUUUCCUGAUUUCCGUGUCCCAAAUCUUUCAUUCCGUCCAUCCUCAAACCCAGGAUGUUGGUCUUCACAUUACACAAUGAUUCCCUAGUUGAUCCUGCCCUGCGUUUCUCGAUUGUCGUAGGAAAAAAAUGCAAACAGCAUGGUUUUGUGGCACAGUCGAUGCCACGCAGGGCUACGGGCCAGAAGGCUGAGGGUUCGCCGGCCACCAUGGACGAGCUCAUUCUCCCUGCCUGUUUCAUUACACUACGAUCAGAGCUGGCUGCAGACAAUGAUCAGCUAGGGGGACAUCUCAUUUUCAACAUGUUGAUGCUAUAUUUAUAAUUAUGCAACAGACUUCUAGUGCUUCGUCAUGGUUUGCGUUUUCAACACCACAAUCAAAUAGAGUAUGUAAAUCUCGACAAACAGAAAAUACAUCCCUCCCUACUCAGUAUUGAAGGCUUGGCUUGUCAAUCUCCGAAUGUCAUUCAACAUUUUGGUGUUUUGUAACAGAUGUCUCUUUCCAUUCAUCAAUUGGCCGCUGCAAAGUUUGGAUGCUGCAAUAAUAUUAUAGUGGAGUGGAUGAACGUGUGCAGGUAGCCUACAGGAGACUUUUGAAGUAGCCAAAUUACAUUACAACAUUAUGACUGGUUGUGUUUAUGCCACACAUAAAAGGUAAUACUCGUCCGUUGCUUAAUUAAUCCAACAACAGAAGUUAACAAACAAGUGCUUCCCUAAAAGUUUAAACAUCUUAUCUUUUUAGAAAGUGAAUAGCUGAUAGAGACAUAAUAGUAGUCAAUUUUUGUCUCCUCAAAUCCAGAAGGCCGUGGCUCAGCCUCAGAAUGUCAUAGAGAUUAAGCAAAGAUAUCAGGAGCACAGGCAUGGCACCAAUCAGAUUGAGCAAAAACCCCCAAAAAUAUGCAUUAUUAUAACUAACAUACUCCUCAGCACCACAACCCCCCAAUUACCCCGUCUCAGGGAAGCUCAUCUGCGUGCUCGUCGUCCUCACCAGGGUCUUGACCUGACUGUAGUUCCGCGUCGUAACCGACGUCAGUUGACAAAUGCUCACCUUCGAUGGCCACUGGCACGCUGAAGAAGUGCUCUUCACGGAUUCAUCCCGGUUUCAACUGUACCGGGCAGAUGGCAGACAGCGUGUCGUGCCAUUCAUCCACUGCCAUCUCCUCAUGUUUCAGCAUGAUAAUGAUCUGUACACAACUCCUGGAAGCUGAAAAUGUCCCAGUUCUUCCAUGGCCUGCAUACUCACCAGACAUGUCACCCAUUGAGCAUGUUUGGGAUGCUCUGGAUCGACGUGUACGACAGCAUAUUCCAGUUCACGCCAAUAUCCAGCAACUUCUCACAGCCAUUGAAGAGGAGUGGGACAACAUUUCACAGGCCACAAUCAACAGCCUGACCAACUCUAUGUGAAGGAGAUGUGUCGCGCUGCAUGAGGCAAAUGGUGGUCACACCAGAUACUGACUGGUUUUCUGAUCCACGCCCCUACCUUUUAUUUUUGUUAUCUGUGACCAACAGAUGCAUAUCUGUAUUCCCAGUCAUGUGAAAUCCAUAGAUUAGGGCUUAAUUAAUUAAUUUCAAUUGACUUAUUUCCUUAUAUGAACUGUAACUCAGUAAAAUCUUUGAAAUUGUUGCAUAUUGGGUUUAUAUUUCUGUUCAGUGUACUUUCAGCACCAUGCUUGAUUAAGCCGCUGCUGCUGCUACAAAGCUGUUUAUGGUCCGCUGCUUGCCUUAUGAUAUGACUCCUGCACUCUCUCUCCUCAUGAAUUGUAGUUCAUAUGUAACUUUUGCAUUAUUCAGGUGGGGUAACUUUCUUCUUGGGACAUUACUGUUGGAUCAUUUUGCAUCACUGCUCCGAGAUUAUUAUAAUUUUUGUAUUCAUAAUUAAUAUGGGGGGCUUUUUAUGUGUGGUAUGAUUGCUAGUUAACCCAAAUGAUCGGAAUCGGACCGGAAAGGAGGCAGAACGCGCGUUAAGCUUUCUUGAAUACACUAUAUUGGACGACUUGGGAAAAUGAUGAUCGGCAACAGACAGCGCAUCAGAAUCAAAAAUACAGCCAGACUGGCCUGUUACUGUACCUUUCUAGACCUUAUAAUCUGUCGAGAGCAGAACCACUACUGAUAUGAAUGGAAUGAAACAUUCAAAUAACAGGGCUUUUGUGCCAUUAUUCAAAUUACAAUUUUACUGCAGUUUACAGCCUAGAGUAGAAUUGUUCUCAAUUGUACUCACUUUAUUACUCACAAUUAUUCAUUGCAUUGUCGUGUUGGAGGCUAGUCUAUGUAGGAUAAUUUGUUAUCAUCCCUAAACAAGAUCAAUAAGGGCGGUUUUUGAGCUGCGUGUCUCAUGUCUUCGCUGUUCUUUCAUGCGCAGACGCACCUGGCCUCUCUGCUGCCUAUCGGCUAUUCCUCUAUGUUCUUGUGGAUUUACAAUGCACUUCAAUUCAGACCCCUUCCCUUUUUCCACAUUUUGUUACGUUACAGCCUUAUUUAAAAAUUGUUUAAAUAAAAAAAUGACCUCAUCAAUCUAUACACAAUACCCCAUGAUGACAAAGCGAAACCAGGAUUUUAGAAAUGUUUGCAAAUUUAUUAAAUAUUAAAGAACAGAAAUACCUUAUUUACAUAAGUAUUCAGACCCUUUGCUAUGAGACUCGAAAUUGAGCUCAGGUGCAUCCUGUUUCCAUUGAUCAUCCUUGAGAUGUUUCUACAACUUGAUUGGAGUCCGCCUGUGGUAAAUUCAAUUGAUUGGGCAUGAUUUGGAAAGGCACACACCUGUCUAUAUAAGAUCCCACAGUUGACAGUGCAUGUCAGAGCAAAAACCAAGCCAUGAGGUCGAAGGAAUUGUCCGUAGAGCUCCGAAACAGGAUUGUGUCGAGGCACAGAUCUGGGGAAGGGUACCAAAAAAUUUCUGCAGCAUUGAAGGUCCCCAAGAACAUAGUGGCCUCCAUCCUUCUUAAAUGUAAGAAGUUUGGAACCACCAAGACUCUUCCUAGAGCUGGCCGCCCGGCCAAACUGAGCAAUCGGGGGAGAAGGGCCUUGGUCAGGGAGGUGACCUAGAACCCGAUGGUCACUCUGACAGAGCUCCAUAGUUCCUCUGUGGAGAUGGGAGAACCUUCCAGAAGGACAACCAUCUCUACAGCACUCCACCAAUCAGGACAUUAUGGUAGAGUGGCCAGACUGAAGCCACUCCUCAGUAAAAGGCACAUGACAGCCCGCUUGGAGUUUGCCAAAAGGCCCCUAAAGGAUGAGAAAAAAGAUGCUCUGGUCUGAUGAAACCAAGAUUGAACUCUUUGGCCUGAAUGCCAAGCAUCACGUCUGGAGGAAACCUGGCACCAUCCCUACGGUGAAGCAUGGUGGUGGCAGCAUCAUGCUGUGGGGAUGUUUUUCAGUAGCAGGGACUGGGAGACUAAUCAGGAUCGAGGGAAAGAUGAACGGAGCAAAGUACAGAGAGAUCCUUGAUGAAAACCUGCUCCAGAGUGCUCAGGACCUCAGACUGGGGGCAAAGGUUCACCUUCCAACAGGACAACGACCCUAAGCACACAACCAAGACAACGCAAGAGUGGCUUCAGGACAAGUCUCUGAAUGUUCUUGAGUGGCCCAGCCAGAGCCCGGACUUGAACCCGAUCUAACAUCUUUGGAGAGACCUGAAAAUAGCUGUGCAACGACGCUCCCCAUCCAACCUGACAGAGCUUGAGAGCAUCUGCAGAGAAGAAUGGGAGAAACUCCCCAAAUACAGGUUUGCCAAGCUUGUAGCGUCAUACCCAAGAAGACUAGAGGCUGUAAUCGCUACCAAAGGUGCUUCAACAAAGUACUGAGUCAAGGGUCUGAAUACUUAUGUAAAUGUGAUAUUUCCGGGGGGGGUGGGGUUUCUUCUAAAAACCUGUUUUUGCUUUGUCAUUAUGGGGUAUUGUGUGUAGAUUGAUGAGGGAAAAAGAAACAAUAUAAUCAAUUUUAGAAUAAGGCUGUAACGUACCAAAAUGUGGAAAAAGUCAAGGGGUCUGAAUACUUUCCGAAUGCACUGUAUAUUGAAAAUUGGUGCAGAUUUGAAUGAUUUUAUAUGUGGUAUGAUUGCUAGUUAACCUAUUGCAUAUCUGGACAAACCACUAUUGUGACUACGGAUAGAGGGCAGGAUAGACAGUUGACUGGUAGACUAUAUUGACCUGUGGUAUAGUAAGCAUGCAGAAAAGCGUAGUGCAUAGGAAAAUACCAAAACACCUUGAUAGGGGAGGAGCAUGCAAGCAGAUAAGGACAUUUGGCAUGGAAGAAAUUAUAAAGUAAAACUUGAAAAAUUGGGAAUGUAAACCAGUGAAAAAACACACUACCCUCCCCUGUGCUUAAUAAUUAGUUAGACAACCCUCCCCUAUUUUGGACCCCCCCCCCCCCCCCAUCACAUUUAAUCCCUUUUUAGAUUUAAUUUUAAGGCAGCAAAUUGUGAAGACUGUGCAAGGGGUAUGUAGACUUUCACUAGCCACUAUACCUAGAGGGGUGGAAUAGACAGGGGGGUUAGCUAAUUGGCAACAAAUUUAGCAAUGCAGCGAUCACUCUACUCUCCUAGGAACUCCAAGGUGGCCUACAUCUGCUGUAAAGGAAACACUGGCCCCAUAUGACAAAAAAACUUAUCCUCUGGAUUACAUUUCCACAGAAUAAUACAAAAUAGUAGUAGAUCAAACAACAGAGGUCAGUAAAGGUGCAUCAAAGCUGGGACCGAGAGACUGAAAAACAGCUUCUAACUCAAGGCCAUCAGACUGUUAAAUAGCCAUCACUAGAUGGCUAUCACCCGGCUACUCAACCCUGCACCUUAGAGGCUGCUGCCCUAUAUUUAUAUACACAUGGAAUCACUGGCCACUUUAAUAAUGUUUACAUACUGUUUUACUCAUCUCAUAUGUAUAUACUGUAUUCUAUUAUACUGUAUUGUAGUCAAUGCCACUCCAAUAUUGCUCGUACUAGUUUUCUUUAUUCCAUUUUUUUACUUUUAGAUUUGUGUAUUGUUGUGAAUUGUUAGAUACUACUGCGCUGUUGGAGCUAGGAACACAAGCAUUUCGCUACACCCGCAAUAAGAUCUGCGAAAUAUGUGUAUGUGACCAAUAACAUUUGAUUUGAUUUGAAAUAAAUAUAAAGUAAAAUAAAUAUAUUGUGAUUAUGGAGAUAAACUGUUAGUACAAUCGUUAAUCUGUGAAUUGUUGGUAGCAUAAGGAGUUAGUGUGUGUUUUUCAUUGGUGGUAUUUUGAUAAUCACCUUGUUUUGGGAUGUUUCAAGGAUAAAGGAAUUGUGUAAGGGUUUGUUUGAGGGAAAUACUGACUGAACUUUGUUUAAUUUGAGUAAAUAUUACAUCUCUACAUUCGACCAAGAUCACAUUGCUGUAAUUGGUGUUAAAAACCAUCUAUAAAAAUUGGUGCAACAAAUAUGCUUGAAUGACUGAUGGCAGAUAUAUAUUUUCUGUCAUUUCCUCCUGUCCUGAUUCUUAAUUUCUCUACAGUUGAUAAGCCUUUCCAACCCUGCAACCAAAGAUGUUUGUUUAUGGACUAUUGCGUUGAGCAUGCCAACUCUUGAUUCUACUUGUUUCUCUCCACCUAACAGGACCCCAAAGAGCGGCUGGGUUGCCAGGUCCAAACGGGCUUCACUGACAUCAAGUCGCACACGUUUUUCCGCAGUAUAGACUGGGACCAGGUAAGCCUCCAAUCAAAUCCACUUAAUUUAGAAGAAUAGAAGUGAAUGAAUCCGUCUGACAGAGGAUUUGGGAUGGGACGGAAGUCAGGGAACUCGACACUGAGUAAUUGUGUUCCGUGGUUAGUCAGUAUCGCCUGUGGGAACCCAUCUUGGUCGGUCAGACGGUCAUCAUGUUACUUUGAUUCUCAUUAUGUCUAUUUGCAUUAUGUCAUGCUUUAAAUGGUGGGUACACUAUAUUUUAUAUUACUAAUAUUGCAAAAAUGGUAGAGAAGAUACUUGAUUAUUGGGGGGUGAAACAAUAUUUACUUCUAUUGCUAAUGGUUAAUUACAGCUCAAGUCAUUUCCGAUUGGCAUGGCUUUCCAAACUUUAACAACUAGGAAGUUUCCCAUCAGAUUCCUUUCGAGUCAUUUCCCUCAGCAAUUAGCCCUUGUUAAUGUCUUAAUUGGCCAGUGUUGGGAGAGGAGGGAUCUUAGGGAGCUUGAAAUGAAUAGAACACGCAGAGACACAGUGUGUUAGACCACCGCUGUGUAGAACAAAGUGACUGCCUCCUCUUUGUAGCACCACCAUGAAUAAAAGUAAGUUCUAAAUGACACACAUGCACCCUCCAACAUCAACUCUGUGUGUGUGUGUUGAGGGGAGGUUGAUGGUGUACAGCUGACGCAAGCAGCUAUUUGAAAGUGGGAGAUGGGCCCAUACAAUAUUUAGGGGAUCUGGUAUGUCAUCAGAAAUAAUGCUCAUGUGCACAGAUACAGUGGGAUUCGGUGUUUCCGCACAUUAUUAGUUUCUAGUCAAAGCCUCUUCUGUAUAUUCAAUACAAAAGAGGGGAGAUGUAUUAUUCACAGUGGUGCCUCCUUUUCUGUGCAAUAUCAUUGGCCAAUUGAAUGUCAAUCAACAGCAUGUCUCAUAGUGUUGCAAAGUAUCCCAAAUCUUUUGUACUUUUUUAACUAGAACAUGAAAAACGGUUGUAUUAAAUAUUGCUGAUUUCAAAGCUGAUUGUCACCAAAAACAAUUAUCAUUCACUUUGUCUCCCAUGCCUCACGUCUUUCCCAGUCAAGAUCGUAUUUUUUCCUCAUGCCUCGAACUGAAUGUUUGUGUGAAUGACAUCAUGGGUUUUAAAGAGACACUUUUAUAAAAGAAGAGAUUGCUUCUUCUAUGCAAAUGUUGUUGAUCAGUACAGUAAAAUAAGUCCCAAAUGGAAGGGAAACUGUCAUGCGUCCGUGUGUAGAAGUAGGACGGAGUCAGGCGCAGGACACAGAACUUGGUCAACGACGUACUUUACUUAUCACAAGUAAAUAAACAUAUCCUCCACGCAGGGAAGAAAAUACCGACUCACAGCAAAUGACAACAAGACAACGAACAAUCACGCACAACACCAUGAGAGAACCAGAGGGUAAAAUAGGGAAACAAAUUAACGUACAUUGGAACCAGGUGUGUGCAAUAAAGACAAAACAAGUAAAACACAGAAACAUAGAUCGGUGGCAGCUAGUACUCUGGUGACGACGAACGCCGAAGCCUGCCCGAGCAAGGAGGAGGCGCUGCUGAAUUCGUGCGGCUCCUGACACCAGCCUCGGGAACGGCCAGGAGGACGCGGGGCAGGGCGAGUCAGAUGACGACGGUGGAAAUCCCUCAACAGGGAGGGAUCAGGGAUGUCCCUCCUAGGAACCCAGCACCGUUCCUCCGUACCGUACACCUCCCACUCCACGAGAUACUGCAGGCCCCCCACCCGACGCCUAGAAUCCAGGAUGGAACGGACCGAGUACGCCGGUGCCCCCUCGAUGUCCAGUGGGGGCGGAGGGACCUCCCGCACCUCAGACUCCUGGAGCGGACCAGCUACCACCGGCCUGAGGAGAGACACAUGGAACGAGGGAUUAAUAUGGUAAUCAGGAGGGAGCUGUAACCUAUAACAAACCUCGUUCAAUCUCCUCAGGACUUUAAAUGGCCCCACAAACCGCCGACACAGCUUCCGGCAGGGCAGGCGAAGGGGCAGGUUUCGGGUCGAGAGCCAGACCCGGUCCCCCGGUGCAUACACCGGGGCCUCACCGCAGUGGCGGUCGGCGCUCGCUUUCUGUCGCCUGAUAGCCCAUUGCAGGCGUACAUGGGCAGCGUUCCAGGUUUCCUCCGAGCGCCGAAACCAUUCAUGCACCGCAGGUGCCUCGAUCUGGCUCUGAUGCCACGGUGCCAGGACCGGCUGAUAACCUAACACACACUGAAAUGGAGACAGGUUAGUGGAGGAGUGGCGGAGGGAGUUUUGGGCCAUCUCUGCCCAGGGGAUAUAUUCCGACCAAUCCCCCGGCUGGUCCUGGCAAUAGGACCUCAGAAACCUACCCACAUCCUGGUUAACUCUCUCCACCUGCCCAUUACUCUCGGGGUGAAGCACCGGUUUUUCCGGAUGACUGUGUGAUCUCGCUCUCUGUGGCCUUUUGUGAGCAAAACGUUUAAACAGGUUAACAAUCACAAGGCGGAAUACCAGGGCGUGUUCUCAAAGCAUGCGCAGACCAGCUGGCAAGUGCCUUCACAGACAUUUUCAAUCUCUUCUUGUCCCAAUCUGUAAUCCCAACAUGUUUCAAACUGACCACCCUGUUCCCAAAAGUUCUAAGGUAACCUGCCUAAAUGACUAUCACCCUGUAGCACUCACAUCUGUAAUUAUGAAGUGUUUUGAAAGACUGGUCAUGACACACAUCAACACCAUCACCCUAGACCCACUCCAAUUCGCAUAACGCCCCAACAGAUCCACAGAUGAAUCGAUCUCAAUUGCACUUACACUGCCCUCUCCAUCCUGGACAAGAGGGCAAAUAACUAAGCGAGAAUGCUGUUCAUAGACUACAGCUCAGCGUUCAACACCAUUGUCCCCUCCAAACUCAACACCAAACAAGGGACCCUGGACUGAGCAACUUCCUAAUAUUGAGUUGCUCCCACCACCCCCCUUUUUGCCCUCAAUUCAUCGGGGCGUGGACUCGACAAGGUAUCGAAAGCGUUCCACAGGGAUGCUGGCCAUGACUCCAAUGCUUCCCACAGUUGUGUCAAGUUGGCUGGAUGACCUUUGAUACACACGGGAAACUGUUGAGCGUGAAAAGCCCAGCAGAGUUACAGUUCUUGACACAAACCGGUGCGCCUGGCACCUACUACCAUACCCCGUUCAAAGGCACUUUAAUCUUUUGUCUUGCCCAUUCACCAUCUGAAUGGCACACAUACACAAUUCAUGUCUCAAUUGUCUUUAACCUGUCUCCUCCCCUUAAUCUACACUGAUUGAAGUGGAUUUAACAAGUUACAUCAAUAAGGGAUCAUACCUUUUCACCUGUAUUCACCUGGUCAGUCUAUGUCAUAUUCUUAAUAUCUUGUACACUCAGUGUAUACACACCAUAUACACACACUACAUUGACACUCCCAUACAAAACCCACACACAUUCACAUACACUACAUACGCACGCGCACACACACAUAACACACAUACCGAUGUAACAUACACACACACUCACACACUUUUACACUCAUCAUUUGCUGUUGCUACUCUGUUCUUUAUUUUACUCUUAUUAUUAUCUAUCCUGAUGCCUUGUCACUUUACCCUGCCUUCAUGUACACAUCUACCUCAAAUACCUCGUACCUCUGCACAUUGAUAAGGUACUGGUACUUCCUGUUUAUAGCUCCAUUCUUGUUUAUGUUUUAUUGUGUUACUAUUUUAUUUGUAUAAUUAUUUUUUUUACUCUGCAUCAUUGGAAAGGUCUCAUAAGCAAGCAUUUCAAGGUAAAGUCUACACCAGUUAUAUUUGGCGCAUUUGACAAAUAAAAUUAGAUUUGAAAAACGUAAUUUUGUUUGGUAUCUGGUCAGAUUACAACCAGAUUACAAGCAGGUAAAGGCGUCUUUUUCUAGUUGGUAAAACAAGUUUUGCCCGCUGGGUUAGUUCCUGCCUUACGACUAUGAUCCUACCCAGUCCUAUCAGAUAAAUCCUGCAGGUGGAUUAACUAAGGGCAGAAGGGAGGGAGAGAACAACUUUGUGGAAUGAAGUACAGCCCGUCCAUAACAUAAGCCUUCCUAGCUCAGUGCCAAACUCAGCACAGUGACGUCAGAGGCAACGCUGCCAGCCUAUCCUGUGGGAGGAUCAGAACCCCUGCAGCAACCAGUAGCAGCAUUAUGGCCCACAUCUCUGACUGCGUCUCUGUCUGCCCCUCUCAGGAGAGUAGCGCUGCUCCACAUCCUCUUACCAGAGUAA